AUGCACUCUCACUCCAAACGCCCAUACCCCAAUAACUCCAGAAUCUAAAAUUACCUAACCGCUGAAGGCAGGAGAAGGGUUAAGCUAUUGGGGAAGUCCGUGUUUAUCUCAAACAGCAAGUCCUGCCCCAAACCAGAGUACGCAGACUAGUGAAGGUUUUGUCCUAUCAGAGUCAAUGUACUCUAGCUGAACUGCUCUGUGGUUUCAUCUAACACAGAUUGCUUAAAACCAAAGUGCAGCAACUUGAAAGGAGCUGAAGAUAGUAAACAGAGGAAAUCGUCCUUUGAUGCUGCUGACGUUUAAUAGAGAGGAAGUUGAUGGUGGUCGGCUUUGCAUUUCUCUUGAAAACAGUCAGCCUGAAACCUGGUGGUAAAGGAAGAAAUAAAUUACAAGGUAGUUUUUUGUUUUUGUUUUUUUGUUUUAAGCACGAAAUCAUUAUUGAAUAAAACACUAGGAAAUGUCAUUCCAGAUAGUGCUGUAAUGCAGAAGAGAUUGUUCAUGAGCUCAAGGGCAGAAAGUUUUGUAGACAUUUGUUUAACUAAGGGUGCAAUGAUGUGAAGGGACGCAGGUGGCGCUGUGGUCUAAACCACAGAGCCUAGGGCUUGCCGAUCAGAAGGUCGGCAGUUCAAAUACCCAUGACAGGGUGAGCUCCUGUUGCUCAGUCCCAGCUCCUGCCCAUCUAGCAGUUCGAAAGCACAUCAAAGUGCAAGUAGAUAAAUAGGUAUCACUCUGGCGGGAAGGUAAAUGGUGUUUCCGUGCGCUGCUCUGGUUCGCCAGAAGCGGCUUAGUCCUGCUGGCCACAUGACCCGGAAGCUGUACGCCAGCUCCCUCGGCCAAUAAAUCAAGAUGAGCACCGCAACCCCAGAGUCGUCUGGGACUGGACCUAACGGUCAGGGGGUACCUUUACCUUUACCUUUACCUUUACAAUGAUGUGAAUAAAUUGUGUCCAAAUGUACGAUUUGUAAACCACUUUGAGGCUUUAUUACAAUAAGAGGUAUAUGAAUCACGUGAAAUAAAUAGAUUUUCCACUCAAGGAAAAAUGUUGAGUGUACCCCAGACUCCUUUUAUGUUGCAUGCUGUGGUGGUGAUGAUUAUUAUUGUCAUCAUCAUUGAUUUGUUAAAUAUUUAAUUAUUAGGUAUUUAUUUCAGAAAUUUCUUGCCUGCCCUUAACUAUAAGGUCCCAGGGUAGGUUAGAAGCACAUAAUAUUAAAAUCCAAAAGAAGCAGCAGCAAUUUAAAGCAAAGCAAACAAUGGUCUCAUCCACACCAGACUUUUAAAGCAUUGUUAUACCAUAUUAUCAGUUGUGGCUUCCCCCAAAGCAUCCUGGGAACUGUAGUUUGCUAAGGGUGCUGAGUGUUGAUAGGAGACACCUAUUCCCUUCACAGAGCUGGGAAGAGGGAUCAGUUGUUAAACCGCUUUGGGAAUGUGUUCUCCACACCUGCUGUAGACUACCAAGGUGAUCCUGGGAGUUCAUUUAUGCUCUUGGAUGGGGUUUGGGGCUGUACUUCCCCAACUUGUGAGGGCUGGGUGUUUUAAAGGCGAUUCUGCAGCCCAGAGAGCUGGGCCUUAAUUCGCCCAAAUAAAACAUUUCAGGAAAGAACCCCAAAAACUAGCUAACUCCAAGCACUGGCAAUAAUGCAAGGGUUGCUACUUACAUCUCUGUGGGUAAAGAAGUGGAAGAGCUGUGUUCAGGCAUCCCUGGGGAUGCUGUCACCAUGGGAACAGCACCAACAGCCUGGCAUUGGCUCUUACAACUGGUACAUUUUGCUCCGUUGCCGCCCGCCUCUUUCACUGCUUGUACAGUAGCCGAGAGGGCCAGAGAAACACCUCUGCUUCCCUCCCAGCCGUUUCCAGAUUGACUUUCAACAGUAGAGGAUUUCACUUGCCAUCCAUGCCCUUGCUCUGACUCUGCUGUUCAAGAAAGCAGCUGGCAGAGAGUGCCACAAUCCGCCGGGGUUAUGUAAGUCUAAUAAAUGAUCUUCAAAUUACAGUGUGGAGAUGGCUGUGCCUGCAAGGCAUGACUAUGAACAGGAGUCUCUCUAGGAAGCAGGAGAGUCAGCUGCUUUCCUUUCCAUGGGCUAUGCCAAGGCACUUGCCCUCAGCGGGCAGCUGGUGCAUCAUUUAUUUCCUUCUGGGCAUGGCAAUCCUCACCCGGGGGUGCUGGCAAAAGGCACACCAUCACACCUCCUCCCUCCCUCCCUCUAUGAUCAUUGCGGGAAGCCUCUCAUGAUUCUGCUAACGUGCAGAAAUGCACGCACAGAUUCCUGGAAAAGCUUCCAUUAGCCACUCCCUGAUUUUAGCGAGAGUUUUGCUGCCUAAGAUAAUCUUCCGUCUGCUUCUCCCUUGACUGCUAGUGCUGUGCGAAAGGAGGGCACAAUCAAAACCUGCAGGCUGUUCCAGGGGUGUUGUUAGCUCUAUGCCAACAACUGCUGCCAACUGCAAGGAGGGUAUUUCAAUGCCUUUCAGUUUCAACUCCUUAGUGACCCUAAAGAGACACUGUUUUUCAAUGGUGAGCUGUGAGCAGCAUCUGUCAGAAGUAACAAUCCUGCUGUUGAAUCUAUCCACAAACACUUGUCCAGAGAUGUAAUGACAGACCACAGUCAUUUUGGAUUCACAUUUCCUUGCUUUCCCUGAGCUUCUGAAUAUUGUUGCACGCCACCAAUCUCUGAGCGGUCCGAGAUUCUGGGGGUACCCAAGGUUUGUGUUUCUUUUUGGAAUGAAGCACAGUGGAAACUGUGGUGUCUUUAUGAUAUGUGAGGCUUUAUUAGGCUGUGAUGGAGGGGUGCAGAGCAUCAGCACCCCCAAAGGGUCUUGUUUCUCCCAAGAAACAAGUAGAAAUAAAACAUGGAUCUCAAAUGCUGAUUUGACUCUCUCUCCAGCUUGCUGCUUUUCUUCUAGAUCAUAUCACUGCCUACUUUAAACUCCAGCUUUGCCUUUCUAACCAUCUCUGAGUUGAGGGAGGAGUAUCUCUGAGUUGCCUUCUCAUUUUCCCUUUGCUCUCUUGAUGGCCCAUAACCCAGGAGAUCACCUAAAUACAGGAAGGUAGCCUGGCGUGUAUUUUAAUACUUGCUGAAUCCAGGGGUUAGAAGGAUAUUGCAUGCAGCCUGCUUCCUCCAUUCUUCUAAUGUGCUGCAGCUGCUGCCACCCCGUCACAAAGCCCUGUCCUAGGGAACCACCUAGAACCGUCUUGUGGAAUAGUGAGGGCUCUCCUGGGGUUUCUAAUGAACUGUUGCUAUUGUUGCUGUCCUUGGCUAGGACUCUCUCCUGCCUACCUCCGAGCCUUCUUGUAUCAUCAAGAACGUUCACCCAGUCAAAGGCAAAUUCCAAGGGAAAUCAAUCCCUUACACUGCAGCUUUCCCAGGAAGCCUCUUCCUUGGCUGCCAACACAGAGAAGCCAGCCAGCUCAACACUUUUAACUCCUUCCCAUUGCUUGCUCAGCUGGUGCAUCACAGUCUCCUGAAAGCAUUUGUAACUCUUAACAUGCAAAGUGCUUAGGAAAUCAGGUACAGCAGAGAGUGGCUUGGGGUAGUCAAUGCCUUGUUUCUGAAGAAAGUUCCUUGCCACACUUGGACUUGGAGGAUUGUACUUGAAACUGCAGCUCACCUGAGCAGGUGAAGCUCCCAAACACUAGCAUGGCUGUCUGCUAAUGGCUGCGCACCAAGCAACAGUUAAGGACAAGGUGGAAGCAGCUUGCUGAAAAGUUGGCAACUCUAGUUGCUUCAAGAUCAAAGGCCUCUGGUACACAUGCAGAAUUUGUUUUGCUUGCUCUGGGCCCAUCCACUCUUGUGCUUGUCCUGUGCUUUCUAGACACUGGUCUCAGUGGCUUUGCCUUUGCCCCACCACUUUCCCUCCUGAAACUAAAAAGUCUGCUAAAUUGUAGCAAACAUCAAUCUGGAGAAAAGCUCAUUAAUGUUUGCUCUGAUUCAGUGGUAAUCUGCGAAUUUUGCUAGGGGAAAGCAGGGAUGGGGAAGACAUUCAUUUAAGCUCUCUUUUAAUUCCAAAAUUACCAAAUUUGCAUUUUGUGAAACAAUAUGCAAAGCAAAGAACAGCCAUCCUUUGACAUUUACAUUGCUUGAAUUUUGCAAUGCAAUUUCUCCUGCCCAGUAAUGUGUACAAAAAUGAACAUAUUUGUGCAUAAUAUUGCGUAUAUUUAUGAAAAUAACAUAGAAAUGCAUGAUAUUAGGGGGAAUUGCUUUGCAAAGAUGUCUAUAUUAGGCCUGCAUAGGCCUGCAUAGAAAACUGCAUAGAAAAACAGGUUUAUUAGAUGAAAUUUGCACUAAAAUGCUGAUGAAUCUUCUUUAGGUUAUUGUUGUUUUUAACCACAGAUUGCAGAAAUAUGGAAAACUAAAUGUCUUUUGAAAAACAGGAAAUCAAGAGAAUUGGAAUUGGCAGAUCCACCCAUCCCUACCCCAUACUGAUAAAAGUUGUGUCGACAGAUGAUGCAUCUGUUGAUUUGGCAGAAUCUUGUUGCCAGUGGGGCCUGCUUUACAGAGGUCCAUAGCAAGGCUCUCUCAUUCAGGAAGGCUGAUGGCAUGUGGAGCUGCAGAGCUGCUCCUCAAGGUCUCCAAAGGGCAUUCUCCAGCUCUUCCCUUGGGGCUGACAUUGGGCCACCUGCUUUAAAGCUGAGGAGCUGGACUUGACAGAGAGAGACAAGUCCAGCUGCAGUUUCUACAGCUUGACGUCCUUCUACAGGAAUGGCCAUUGGCAUCCCACACAUGGCUGCAGCAGCAAAACCGGACCUUUGGAUCAUUUCCCUCAUAUUGGAAAUAUGCAGCCCUAAUUGCUCUUUGCUGAGCAAAAAGAGCGAGCCCUGCCCAUGGCCAGGGAUGGAAAACUAGUGACUGUAACUGUUAUUGUGUCUCAAGCUGUUUAUUGUUUUGUUUUCCUAGAAUCCAAAAAAAGAUGUGGGAGGGGAAGGACUUAUCCUUAGCCAAACAUCUGUACAUUCUCAAAAUCCAGCCAUUUGUUCAGCAAUCUGUUGAAACCAAAAGACGUCUGAUGACCAAAAGUUAAUGGACUUGCAGAGAUUGCUUGAAAUGUGGUGGUGCUUUUAUGUUGCUGUUUUGAGAUGGGCCAGAAGUAAGGCUAACUGGGGGGGGGGGGCAGUGAUGGCCUGAGGGGGGGGGGGCAGUGUCAGGCAGUGCUUAAAUCCAGUCCCCACCAAUUCCACCUAAAAUAGUAUAGGAAUAGGGAUGGAAUAGGGAAAGACAGUAAGGUUUAGUCAAGAAUGGGGUGGGGGCAAGACAGAAGAAUGCCUAUCUUAACAUUAUGAUGGAACACAGGGAAGAAAGCUGUGGGGAGGCCAAAGUCUCAAACUGCUAAGUACUUAGGUGUGGAAGCUGCCUGACAAAGCAUUCUAUGUAACUUGGAGUCUUAUUCUUUUUACACUAAUAGUAGAGAAAAUUUGUCAACUUUUCUCAUUCCAUAUCUCAGUAAAUGUCCAAACACCUCGCUGGAAAGUCUCCUGCGAGUCUCCUGCACUGACGUUAGGAGGAGCCAUAGUUCAUGGACAGAUCAUCUGCUUCGCAUGCAGAAGGUCCCAGGUUCAGCCCCACCAGGUAGGCUUUCAGGCAGUGUGGACAAUACUGAGCUAGAUGGACUAUUUGUCUGCCUAGGCAGUUUCCCUUGACCCUAUUUUGUCUAUGAAUAGUGGCACAGGAUCCAAAGACCAAAGGAUAUGGUUGUAUCCAUCAGUGCAGAAAAGCAUGAUGACAAUACAGAGUCCUGCAAUAAAGGGAACAAAUCAUUUAAAAUAACAAAAUGUCCCGUAUAAUAAUAAAUGACUACCUGGAAGCAUCUUGGACGAACCACUAGGUGGCAGUCCAGUCGCAUUGUAUAUUGGCCAGGUGCUGGCGCUCUCAGGAAGGUGCUGAGGCCCUUUUGUGAAAAGCAAAAGGGAAGUUUGCAGGAUGGCGGUGAAACAUGUUGUUCUGCUGUGAGGCAGCGGAGAGUGCUAGCGUUCCCUGGUUGAAUGUAUACUUUUGCAAGGAAGAAGGCUGUUCAAGGAAGUAACGGUUAUGAAGUGGUCCUGCUUUGAGUUAAACCUCUGGUGCGUCUAGCCUGGUGCUUCCUACUGUGUCUGGUGGUGUCUAGUUAGCAACUUCAGAUGGGGUUUCCCCUCAGCCCUGGUACCUGUGAGUCUGGUGAUGGCAAGGACUGAACCAGGGACUGCUGUCAUCCAAGGAAUAUGCUCUCUACUCUUGAGAAAUGGCCCCCUUCUGAUUCCCAUUGCUAUCCUAGGGAUAUCUGUCUAUUUCUCUAUCUUCUAGUUUUCAUCUACCUACCUCACAGAUGGGGAAACCUUUUCAGCCUGAGGGACACAUUCCCUUAAGUGUAAGCUUCUGGGGACCACAUUCCAGUGGUGGGCAGAGUCAAACGCAAAAUGGGUGGAGCAACGGAUGAGACUCUAAACCGGGUGUACAUUUCCACCGUACAAAAUUCAGGGGGUUCCUCACAAGCACACAAAGACGCACAUCUCUUUCCCAUAUUGGGGAUGAAAGAGGAUUUAACUGAGAUAGGUCUCUUUAAAACUCAGGCCUGGUCCUUACUGUAUUUCCAACAGCAGGGCUAGAACAUACUGUUAUGUUAGGGUUCCUUUGCGUUUAAUUGAUGUCAAGACUCUGCUUUCAUAGCUGGGGCUGAACCCUGGAACUACGGUUGCCAGACCUCCAUUUCUGACCUAAAGCCUCCAGGUCUGCCUGGUCCCCUCCAGGUGACAGAAUUGGAUCUGCAGGUGAGUGAAAAUAGUUGUUGUUGUCGUUUAGUCGUGUCCGACUCUUCGUGACCCCAUGGACCAGAGCACGCCAGGCACUCCUGUCUUCCACUGCCUCCUGUAGUUUGGUCAAACUCAUGCUGGUAGCUUCGAGAACACUGUCCAACCAUCUCGUCCUCUGUCGUCCCCUUCUCCUUGUGCCCUCCAUCUUUCCCAGCAUCAGGGUCUUUUCCAGGGAGUCUUCUCUUCUCAUGAGGUGGCCAAAGUAUUGGAGCCUCAGCUUCAGGAUCUGUCCUUCCAGUGAGCACUCAGGGCUGAUUUCCUUAAGAAUGGAUAUAUUUGAUCUUCUUGCAGUCCAUGGGACUCUCAAGAGUCCUUGGAGGCCAGGUCUACUGCGACUGUGGAUCCUGCUGCCAUGAGGCAGUUACCUCACCUUACCUCAUGGGUGGGCUAUCCCUGCCUACAAAUUACUCUGAGUUGGGGCGGGGUGUCUUCCCUCCACUGUUUCCCUCUCCCAAUUAACCUCUGUCUCCAGGGCUCAGCCCCAUGAUAUUACCAGGGGCAGCCCCUAGAUCUCAGGUUUGGUGUUAGUGCAGCUGAGCAGGAAGGCCCUAAUAUAAGUCAAGGAUGCAUCCCAGAACCCCUGAGUUUACUAGCAAGGCUUGAACCUGUGACACAUGAAGUAAUGAUCUUCUCCUGACCUGGAACGGAGUUAUUGAUUAUUUAUUACAUUUUCAUGCCACACUUACUGUGUUUGAUGGAGACUUGUGGGGCUGUAUUGAGUGGAAGAUAGCUCUAUUAUGGGGUUCUGAGAAGCAGGGCCCCACUUUUAUAGGGAUUUCGGGGGACUUUAUUACAGAGAAAUGCGAAACUAAUGCUGGAGACAUGCUGAAAUGCUGGGGUGUCCUUUGAAAGGAGGAAACCCCUUGUUUAACGUGUGUUAGCCAUCAAAUGGGUGUCAUAUAACAGCGUUAUCUUUCAGGAAAUGGUUUUUAAUGCGUUUAAAAUCAAUCUCAGUUCAAUCAAGGGGGUGCUUUGACAUUUAUAUUAAUUAUCAUAGGCAAAUAAGCAAUAAUUGGUUUCUCCCUCUACCACCACCCUGGAGAAAUAGCAGCACCCAAGAUUUUCAGGUAUGGAAAACUUCCAACUAACUACUUUAGGAGCCAUCUUGAUUCCUUAUUGGGGCCUGGUGAUGGAAAGUGGCUUGGCAGUUCAUGUCGCUAUGGCAACCCAAGUUUCAGGUUGAUGGGAACUAAAGUUGCCAUGGCAACAAGGAGGCGAGGGUUUUCUUUCCACUGCUGCUAGUAAUUAAAAAUAGCAUCCUGACUGGCCACUUCUCUAGCCUGCCAUUCAUAUGGCGACCAGCCUGCCGUUUGAGGAUCUUAAUUCAUUUAAUGGCAAUCUAGAUAACUCAGCCUAGCAUCAUCUUCCCCCACAGCACUGUUCAAAAUUAUUGGGUAGGGGAAAAGGUCUCAUAUUUUGCUACUCAUUUUAUGCCAGAGAUAGGGAUAAUAUUGCCAGGUAACAUUUAAUUCUGCACAGGUAUCCAAACAUUAGGAGAGGGCGACUGGAUGGUUUGGAUGCUUCGUCUUUUUAGUUUAUUCCUUGGAGAAUGGACAUAGCUCAAUGAUAAACCAUCUGCUUUUCAUGUUUUGCAUCUCCAAGAAAGACUGAAGUAGACUCUUGCCCGAAACCCUGGAGAAACUGCUGCCAAUCAGUGUAGAGCAGUGAUUUCUAAGCUUCCCCAACCCCCCAGACCACUUGAAAAUUGCUUAGGGUCUUGACGGACCACUUAAAUGAUUUUUCUGCCUGUAGUAGCAAUUGCUCUGCUAGAUGCUGUAUGGCUUUAAUUGUAUUUUUAUUGCUUCUUUUAUUACUUAUAUUGUAUUUUAUUGUAUUGCAAAUUGAAUUUCAUAGAAUGCAUUAUGAAACAAAAUAUAAAGUAAUAAAAUACACUAUAAGAAAGAAAAGAAGCAUUAAAUUCAAUUAAAAAGCAAUAUGAAUAUUUAAUGUGCUGCACCCGCUAUUCAUAGCCGCUGCUCCUGCUGAUCUUCGAAGAAACAUUCCACCUGAAUGAAGCUGGUGUAGCAAAUAUUAAACUAAAAGGCCCGUAAUGUACAUUGUAUUCACGUUACACUGUGGGGAGGGAAUCUUGUGUGUGUGUGUAUUUGUUCCAUAGAAGAUAAAAUCCCACAAAACAACACAUAAUUUUUCAGGGUCAUCCAAGCCUUUGGCAACAUGGUAAUUUAUGAGUUACUUUUUCAACUCAGGCUAAACUCCACAUAUUUUUAAAACAAAACCAGAAGUAGCUAAUCCUGCAAGGUUUUCCACUCUGGGGCAAGUAAGCCACCUAUAUCCACGUCAGGACUUCCUUUCAACAUCCCAUUGAUUUCGUAAUCAAAGCUGCAGUGAGGUUGGGGUGGGAAGCUUGAGUAUUUUUGUCAUUUCUUGACAAAACAUUGUCUAGAAUUUGAAUACCUACUGGCUUUCUGAAUAACUUUAAUCCAUUUGGACUUUCAAACAGGUUUCUGAAUAGAAAGCUUCCAUCUGAAACAAAAAAUAUCAAGUCCAUAUUUGUGUUUGGCGUUUUGUCCCAGGGAUACUGAGUAUUUAUAGAGUGGAAAGCCUUAUAAGUUCUUUAUAUAAAAAAUAAGUGGGGAAGCGUUGGGCUGGGUACUAAAUAUGACCAUCUAGACUUCUCUCUAUGGCCCUUAAAAUUCUUCCCAAGCCACACCACCUCAUAGGAUAAUGCCUUUUGGAUUUUGCCCAUCUAGAUAGAGAAACGGUACAGAAAGCCUAUAAAAGGCAAAAUUUGCCUUCGUUCUGCUCACUUCUUCCUCUGGUCCCACCCACUACUGAUAUGGCCCCUGGAAGGCUUCCCAGAAAGGAAUGUGGCCCUCAGGCUGAAAAAGCUCCCCAACUCUCACAUACCCUCCAACAUUUCUCCAAUGAAAAUAGGGAUGUCCCAUUCCAUAAUGAUAAUUUUACAAUUUAUACCCCCACACAUCUUACUGGGUUUCCACAGUCAGUCUGGGCAGCUUCCAACACAUAUAAAAACAUAAUAAAACAUUCAACGUUAAAAAAAUAAUAAUACUUCCCUAUACAGGAUUGCCUUCAGAUGGCUCAGGGGUCGGAAAAUUCCAUACCAUCCAACAUUUCUCCAAUGAAUAUAGGGAUGUCCUAAGGAAAAGCAGGACAUUCCAGGAUCAAAUCAGAAACCGGGGCAGCUUCUCUAAAUCAGGGAUGUCCCUGGAAAAUAAGGACACUUGGAGGGUCUGCUCUGAUACAUAUAAUAAUAUAAACAAAUAGUAGUAGCCAAAGAUAUGCCAAUGUAUCAAGCCAGGUGAAACUAAACUAAAAAGUGAUGAGACAGCUGGAGACUGACUUUCCCAAUGCUGCCCUAGAGUAAUACCACAUAAGAGAUGGAACUAAAAUAGGGCUGCCAACUUUGAACUGAAGCUGUUCUGUUAACAGCAAUUCCAUCUGGCUCAACGAGCAAGUAGCCUUUACUUGUUGACUUCUGCAUAGCAAACCUCAGGAAAAUGGGCAGUUUUUAAGUGUUGUUUUUUUUUUUUACUUUGUUCUGACCUGUUGGAAACCCUAAACUUGAACCCUGACUUACUUAGCGUUUCAGAGCAUUGAAACUCCUUUAAAUACCUUGCACCAAACACUUCCUUUCUGGAGGAAAUGAACGAACAAAUGAUCUCUUUCCAAUAUAUUCAACCAAGUACAAGUUAUAAAUGAUAAAAAAUGUCUGUGUGUAUGUGUGCAGUUUCACAUGAUUUGAAUAACUUGGCAGCAUUUGGAAAGCAACAUUCUAAUACCUUCAUUGGAGAGAUCUAUGUCCUUUCCCAAAAAUGACUCUGGGGUCAGCAGCGAAUGCUGUUCAUUGAUCCUUACCUGCAUGGAUUGUGAGCUGUGAACAUGUUCUACUUAAGCUGAGCAUAAACAGAUGGCCACAGGAGAGGGGUGACACCAACAUAAAUUGACUGAGCUAGCAGCACAAGUGCCCGUUUUGCUUUAAGUUCCUAUUAGGGGACUGUUACCAGAUUUUCUAGUUCAAACCCUGGGAGGAUUACAAAAAAGGGUUUCCCUUGGCAGCCUCAUGAUGACGCUUAGGCUUGGAUGCAGCUGUGCAAGGAUAGGAAGGAGGCAUUUCGGCAAACAACUUGUGGCCGCUCAGCCAGGUCAAAAAUACAGCCGAGGAGGGUUGUGUGUGUGCUUCCUUGGCUGCUCAGCUUAGCCUGUAAAGUAUCACCAUUUACAGCCAGGUCAGAGGUCAUGGCUUGCUAGGCCACAGGGCAGGGCUAGCACCUCUCACCCUUUGUCAGUGAUUCUGAGCCUGCAUUCCUAUAAACUUCCCCAGGCUGCUGGUUAAUGUCCUUAUAUCCCAGCGCUAGAGAUUGCCACUAAUCGGUUUCUUGGAGGGGAAAGGGGUUAAGCUUUGAAGAGGCAGAUCAUCAACUUUUCUGUCUUUCCAAUAUGCCUGCUGAUACCUGGAAACGCUGCUGAAGAAGGGAGCAUAAAGCUCCUAGGAUUCCCCCCCCCCCCUGAUCCAGAAAGCCCUGAUCCUUUUCACAGGACUAAAAUAAAGCCAGGAACACAAAGCACUGGUUCAUACAUCCCUUUACAUCACUUGGUUUCUCCUUACUGGGUUACUCAGCAAACAGAUGUUGACCAGUAACCAAAAGUGUGAACUGGCUCCACGCUGAAAUACACUGUGUGCUUAAGAUGACAUGGAAACUUUCUCUGCUAUUUGAUCUGUAAAGACUCACACUCACAUGUGCGGCCUCAAUGGAAGCUGCAGUGAUCACAUGAUGAAAAAUGCAUGGGUGAAUCAGCCCAGAUCCAGUAUAGUGUGUGGCACAGGGAUGGGGGACAUGUGGCUCUCCAGGUGAACAACUCCCAUUGUCCCUAGUUAGUAUGGCUAAUACACAGGGAUCAUGGGAGUCGUAGUCCACCAACACCUGGAAGGUCACUGAUUUCCAACCUUUGGUGUAAUGGCUGGCAUGUUGGACUACAUUUGGGAGACCCUGGUUCAAAUCUCUGUUUUGUCAUGAUGGCAUUGAAGCUCUGGGUCAGUUGUUGUUGUUAUGAUGAUAAAAAUAAAAUGGGUGGAGCUCUGACCUCUGUGGAGCAAAGGUAGAAUAAAAGUGCAAUGUGAAAUAAUAAUAGAUCAGGGAUUAUGUGGUCUAUAUUUAUGUUCAUUCCAGGCACUUGUUGAAUGACAUGCUAAAAGCAAAGUAUGACACUGUCUUUUGUGGACUGAGACCCUGUGCCAUGGCAUAACAGGUAGAAACCAGCAGGUGAAAUCUUCCAUUGCUGCAUCAUCAUGCCAGGGGAAAAACUUCUCUUGCCAACAUCUGUCUGUUAUGCAGCAAUUAGGGACAUUAUUACAAGUGGAACAUAAGGAUUGCUACUGAUAAGUUGGAAUAGAGUGUUUCUGUUUCAGAUGUUAUUCUCAAAUCGGUGCCCAACACUUCCUCUGCGAAAUAAUUAUCCAUCUUUUUUGCUCAGUGGUAGAGCACACAUUCCCCAGGUUCAAUCCUUCCCAUCACCAGUUAAAAGGACAUCAGAAUUUAAGGGUGGGAGAGAAAUGUGAUUCGGUUUACAUUUUUCCAUGAACCUUCAUACUUCCUGAAACAAUAUGAGCCAUGCUUUUAAGAUGUGCCCAUUUCCAAAUCUUGUAGUUCUCCCAGCAAAUAAUAUGUACAAAAAUGGGUAUAUUCGGGGAAUGCAAACAUGAAAACCUUAUAUUGGGGGGAAAUAACACACAAUAAUGCAUUAUGUUGGAGAAAAUUGCAUGCAAGUAAUGUGCAUAUUAAUUAAUAAGGGAUGCGGGUGACGCUGUGGGUUAAACCAUAGAGCCUAGGACUUGCCGAUCAGAAGGUCGCGGUUCAAAUCCCCAUGACGGGGUGAGCUCCCGUUGCUCAGUUCCUGCUCCUGCCAACCUAGCAGUUCGAAAGCACGUCAAAGUGCAAGUAGAUAAAUAGGUACCGUUCCGGCGGGAAGGUAAACGGCGUUUCCAUGCGCUGCUCUGGUUUGCCAGAAGCGGCUUAGUCAUGCUGGCCACAUGACCCAGAAGCUGUACUCUGGCUCCCUCGGCUAAUAAAGCGAGAUGAGCGCCGUAACCCCAGAGUCAGCCACGACUGGACCCAAUGGUCAGGGGUCCCUUUACCUUUACCUCUUAAUGUGCAUAUUAUUUUUUAAAAAACAAUUGCACUAAAAUGCUGACAAGUUUUCACAAGGACUUCAAAAAUUGUAACUGCAGACUGAUAUGAAAAUGUGGUGAACUGAAUUUAGGAUUGGAAAAAUUAGAAACUGAGAGAAAACCAGAAUUGACAGAUUCACUCAUCCCUAUCUCAUAACAGAAGUGCAGGGAAAGAUACCCACAUGUGAUCCUGGAGGAUCCCAAUCUUUCAGAGCAGAGGAAAGUGGGAUACAUUGAUCGGUGUCUUGACCCAAUAUAAGGCAGAUUUAUAUAAUACAGCAGGAUUGCGUUUUCCGUAGGGGUUACAUUCCAGAGGAGUAGCAUGGAAAAGCAAAAUUGUGUAAAGCCAGAACAAUCCCUUGGAACCACCACCCUAUGCGUGCCAUCUUACCUUCUGGAGCCAGCACAAGAUCUCACAGGACCGUUCAAGAUCUCAUGUGAUCUCACUAAGGCACCCAGAGCCCACGUGCAACCUUCCCAGAGCCCAGUACGCAAAGUGGAGGGCUUAGAAAUGUUUUCCGUGGUGGGAACACCCGCUGUGGAAAUAACUUUUUAAGCUCUCUAACCUGCAUAUAGGGUGAACUAAAGGUGAGUUAAGUUAAUUUGGGGGUAAAACUUGGAAUGAUGUUUGCUUCCCUCUCCCCCAGUCCCCAGCAGGAGUCCCAGACUCUGGUUUUCCUUUAAAAACAAAAAUGGAAGCUAAAUCUGACAUCAGUAAAGAAAGUUAGAAAGCAAAAUAUGGAGGCAGUUUUCUAGGACUUAUUAGGCACGUAUGGAUAGGCUGCUAUUGCUGAGGACAUGUGAGACAUUCUUGUAUCUUCCUUGCUGAAGAGCUUUAUUCUCUUCAAAUAUGAGUAACUUGCAGGAAGAUAUAGCCACUGCUAUUGGUGGUCACUUUGGUGCAGUUAUUUUCACUAGUUUGCCAUGGUUUGGGAAGGGAAGGCAGGGUGGGGUAGGCUCUUGCCUACUUCACACUGUUUUUUUGUGGACGGUGGUUUGUUAAACAGAAUAAUUGGUUCAAUUAAUUUGGUUAUCUCACGCUAAGGUUGAGAAGGGAAAACAGGAAAAUGGCUUGGUGAUUCCCCUUAGGCAACUUUGGAGGUGGUGGGUAGCUUCUAAGGCUCACAGCUCAGGGCUAAAGGGCGCAGUGGUGUCCAAACUUUUUUCAAAAAGGGCCAGAUUUGAUGAAGUGAAGAGCUGUGGGGGCCGACCUGCUUUUUUCCGGGGGCGGGCGGGACCUAGUCUACUUCUUCAGAUGCAUGAAAUGUUUCCCUGAGUUAUAGAUACGUACCAGGUUUUAGUCUGUGAAAUAUGAUGCCUCUGAGAGGCUACAGCCCACAGAAGCUUAUGUCAUAAUGAACAUGUUAAUCUUUAAGAUGCCAUGAGACUCUUGGUUGUUUUUGCUGAAAAAGACUAACAUGACCACCCCUCUGGAAACAGUUAAUUAAAGUGUAAUUAGUGGAUGCUGCUCCAUUAAGACAACUGGGACACUACCAGGGUAUAAAUAACAUGUUGUUGUUGUUGUUGUUGUUGUUCUUGUUGUUGUUACCACCACCAACUUCAGACUGUCCUCAGCCAGUCUCCACUUGUCUGGCUUCUUGCUGAUAGCCAAUUGGGUGGGGGCUCUGCUUGUCAUUGGAUCUGGCUUCAUCUCCUGUUGGUCUCCACGCCUUCUGCCCUUCCAGUCCCAAUGGACACCAUCUACCGCUGCCCAUCAUGUUGAUAUUUAAUUGAUACUUGACACCAAGCUGUGGAAUUCGGUCCCCACAGAAGUGUGUGUUGUACUGUCAUGGUGUAGCUUUCCCUAUGUUCUGAAGAUACACUUCUUUACCUUGGCCUUUGACACCUGAGUUAUAUAAUUCUUAGGAUCCAUCCAAUUUCAUCUGGCUGCACAGUCAUUUGUUUUAAUUGAUUUUAAUAUUGAAUUUUUUAUGUUGCUGCAGCCCGCCCUUGGACCUUAUGGCGAAGGAGUUGUAAUAACGGAUAAUAACAAUAGUAUUCAGCUAAGCUUUACUCAAGGGUAGACCUGCUGAAAUGAAUGGGCCUAACUUAGGUUCUACUCUGAGUCUAUUCAGAGUAGAACCUAAGCUAGGGUCCACUCUGAGUAAAAUGUGGGUGGAUACCACCAAAAGUCUCUGGGUAUGUAGAGACAGAGCUGGCCCACACAUGAGGUGGGGUGACGCAGCCACCUCAGGCAGCACACCCCAAGUGGCAUCACCUCUGUUCCACUGCCUAGCUUUGCUGCUGGUCUCCCUGGCCUUCAGGGGCAGGAGGAGACUAAGGGCAAAGCUAUGUGGAACACCUCCCCUCAUGCUAAGCCAGUGAGAAGGGAGGCCUUCUGCCAUCCAGCUUUGUCACCGGAGUGGUGGUGGAGAUGUCCCUCAACCCACUCUGAGGGGGGGAUGUCCCCCAUCCCACCUCUUGAAAGGAGGAGCUGAUACAAAGCCCCUCCGCUGGGUGGGAAUGGGAGUUCUGGAAGCCCCUUGUCUAGAGCCACAACAUUUUCUUAAGUGCCUCUUGAGUCUUGGAGCAAAUGUGCUGAGAGAGCCUUUCUGCUGAUUUCCCUUACUAUUAGUGGGUGAAUGUUGCUGUCUUGUCCUGUUUAUGAAUUUUCCUGGGGCUGCUGGCAACUGAACCCUGGAACUAGAAGUACCAAUUGCCUGACCCAACAUGUCAAGUCUGAUAAUAAUGAUUUUUACAGAAAUAAAGGAGCUUGUGUGCUGAGCACAUUUUCUGAAGACCUUAAUGGGGCUGUGAUGGUAUCCGUCCCUUUGGGGAUGAGGGGCAUUUGCCAGCAUGAGCUGCAAGUAAGGGUGUUUUGGUUCUCUCAGUUUACCAUUUUCCCUAUCUUAAAUUCAGUUGUCUGAUGCAAGUUAAGUAAUUCAUGAUCUUUAAAAAGCCUUGUUAGUAUUGUUAUAUUUAGGGUAAACCCUAGAAAUCAAUAAAUUCUACGAUUGUGAUUAUUUGGGGUGGGAAGGGAGAAAUACAAGCUGCAGAGGAAUUCCUGGGCUGGCUUAUGCAAACCAACUUGGCUGAGCUAUGGCUAUCAAUAGAACAACAGAGGGCCAUCAACAUGACAAGGUCUGGGAUCCAUCGUUGGCAGAGGCAGACUGGAGGCUGCCUGCCUUGCUGCCUCUUGAAAUGCCUAUGCUGUAAGAUCUGGACUCCCUCCAUGCAGACUGAAGGUGUAAAUAGGUGAAUAAACCCUAUUUCUUAAAGCAUGACAGUCUCCGCCAUGACUUCCAUUCUGCAAAGGGACCCAGACCCAGUGUAUGUACCUAGGAGUCCAUAGGCUUUUGCCACCACUCAGCAGACACCUGGGUUUUGUAACACUAUUUUCAGUAUUUUAGUACAAAUUUCUCCUAAUGGACACAUUUCUCUGUGUGGUUUUUGACCAAUGAAAAGAUUUUUGCAAACAAGUUUUCCACAUUAUGAUGCAUUCUUGUACGCUGCUUUCAGAUACAUAUGCAUCUUUAUGCACACUUUCGCUGCAUAUAUGAAUUUUUCUAUGCCUUCUUUGGUAGGAGAACUGCACCGCAAAAUUAAGACAAGGGCAAAUUUCUAACAAAUGGAUGCAUUGUUUUGGCAGUCAGGUAGGUUCUCCUUUAAGUGCAAGCCGAAGUAAAUUUCUGCUCCAUCCCUAGUUGCAAGGUGUGGAGAUUGUGCCCCUGCCAAGCACCUGCUUCAGAGGGCAGUUCCCUCAGCCCCAUCAUCCCUUCCACCCCCAAACAAAACAUUCUUUUGCAAACAGGAAAUAGAAUUUCCUUGGAAAAGGCACGUUCAUUUGAGCUGCCAAGCUCAUCUGCGCUGCUGUCCUCUGUUCGGAGUUUCCUCGAAGGACUGUGGCAGGAUGCUUUCCAGGUUGGCCCGGGAGCGUGCGCAAGGGAGACAUCCUCCCUUUGUUGGCUAUUGUUAGCCUUCCGUCACCUGCAGAAGCCAUCGGUGGCGUGACUCAGGGCCUUGCUAUGUCUCUAGGAAACAGGAUGCAUGGCAGUGAGGUGGCCUGGGGUGGGGGCCAAGGAACGCUGGAAUGCGGAUACUGGGGCGGGGGUUCUGGUGGAAGGAAGAGUUCCCCAGAAUGUUGGAAAAUUAGAUGAUUGUGGAUUAUGACGGGGGGAAAGAAAGGUGUUUCAGGAGAAUCUGGAGUGAGCAGCUGCCAGGGACUGUAGCGAUGGCUUGGCAUUCCGGAGAACCAGAUGGUCUCCUAUCAGGCUUCCUUACCAUGUAACAGAGGAACAGGGAACCACAAACACAGGGGCCAAAUCAGGCCUCUCAAACUGGUCAAUGGGGCCCUUUCCAGGCCUCUCCCUAUGCCAGGCCACACCUGUCCACACUGAAACAUGUCCUUAGAAUUGUGAUAAUGCCUGGAUGGAGGAUGAAGUGAGCUGUUGAUACACAAUCCUCUGGCUUUUGUGUGGUUGAAAUGUAGCCUACUGGUAGAAAGUUGUCUGUUGCCCUGCUCAUUUUUCUCUCUCCCGCUACCCUGAAGGGAGAAGGGAGAUUUGUUUCACGUGUUAGCUCUCUGAAAGAGAAAUAGCCAUAUAUUUUACCUUAACACUCCCAUACUAAGCAUAUUGUAUCUGAAGUGAGUCUUGGUGAUUUUUAUGGAGUUUACUUGUCAUGUAAACAUGCCUAAGAUUGCAGCCUUGUUUUAAUAUGAGAACAUUAUUGGAUUCCAUUUAUGAAUCGCUUCCCAUAGAAUGAGAGAGCCUUGUUGGAUCAGACCAAUGACCCAUGUAGUCUAGUAUUGUUUUCUCACAGUGGUCAGAUGCCUGUGGGAGACCCACAAGGAGCACAACCCUCUCUUCCUUCUUAAUGCACCCAACCGAAUCUCUUCUAUUAUGGUAGCUACUUUCCCACCUUUUGGGGCCUUCAUGUUGCCUUCGGUCAUGUCUGAAGCCUCCUCUGAAGCUUCAGACAAAGCUCUUGUCUAUUUCUUCCUGGAGCUCUAACCUUGCAAGAUUUGCUUUUUGGUCCCCAUAUUCCUUGGAUCAUCACCUUGCUGAGGCUGUAUACUGAUUCUGGUUUAGAUGUCAGUAGGAUCCAUUCCACUUAGAUUAUGUCCUGGAGCGAUUGGAGCAGGACUGCCAACUUGAAUAAGGAGGGCAGGUAAGCUCUGCCCCACAUAAUCAAUCACAACACGUGGCAUGAACACACAAUUUGAAUGGCAAUGUCCAUCGACUGGGGGGGCAGCCCCCUCAAAUAUUUUAUGGAGGGGGCCAAAGGGAGGUGACCAAAGCCUAACAUACAGGUUUGUCUCCAUUGCUGAGUUCAUCACAUACUUUCCCCAUGUGUGAUAGAGAUAAUAGAAUCACAGAAUUGUAGAGUUGAUUCUCUUGUCAUGACUACAACACCACUAUGUGUCCAUACAUUGACAUAGUAUUUGAAUAGGGGCAUAUGCAUUUAAAACCUACCAUCCAUAGGCUCCGAUUGCAUGGCUGAGUCCUGGAUUUUGUCAGCGCUAUUCCUUGCACCAUUCAGGCUUACGUGCAUUGAAUUUUAUGGUUAUGCACACAUGCAAACAUCUGGCAGUGUUGGAAGUGGGACUGUCAGGUGGGUGAGGGCAGAAGGGAGAGAAAUCAAAGUGGUAUAUUGUCUGAGCAUAUAAAAUUAUGCAUCUAGGUUAGCUCUAUAGUAUAGAUAUACCUAUGGGUUGAUUGAUAGUGUGGAAGGCAGGGAUGGUAUUACUUGCUAGAGAUGUGGUUUUCAUCCAAUCUGUUUCUUUUCAUGUAAACUCAACAUUUAUUUUGCACAUACUGGGUAAUUCCAGACUGUCACUAUUUUUGAAUGCAAUUUAAUCACAUACCGGCAGAUUUAGGUUGCACAAUUAAAGUGGAUUUGUGCAGCAAGUGUGCUCUUGUGCAACAGACCCCCUUCCCCCACCCCCCAAAGGCAGACUUUUCAUGACAAGGAAAGUGAUAGAGAAAUGUCCUAGGAAAACAAUGGUUUGAUGCAUUGUGGCUUAACCUAACCACAAAUAACAAUGAGUGCUCAAUAAAUAGCCAACUUUGUCUAAACACAAAACUUAUGCAAACAAAUCAGGAUAAACGCUGAAUAAACAAUUCAUCUGGAAGUGAGCACUGGUAGUUUAGUCCCACAUUAGUUUCCUUUUUAAAGCAUUUCCCUUCUGGGCUCUUUGCACCACCAUAAGCCAUGAUUGUUCCUUUUUCAUACUUUGUCCUCAGGCUAUGAAGAAAAGGAACAGCGUUUGCCCUUAUUCCCUUGUAUAUAGAGAGCGCUAUUAUUAAAAAGGUUUCUCUGCCCAACAGCUCAUUUCUGUUGCCUCAGUAACUAUGAACUCUCCAAUUAGAUUCCCCCUCCAAAACUAUAUGAAAGAUGAUAUACUUGUUAGAGAAUUAAGAGAUAAGCCUCCCCACCCCCUCAGCCCUGCCAAUUGCCCUACCCAUGUUUAAGCAGCAGUGGUGAAGCAGAGAUAAGCCCCUAAGCUUAAAAAACACAUUUUUAAUAAUACUAUCAACACACAACUUUGGCAUACAGUGGCUUCAGGGUUACAUACGCUUCAGGUUACAGACUCCACUAAGCCAGAAAUAGUACCUCGGGUUAAGAAAUUAGCUUCAGGAUGAGAACAGAAAUCGUGCGAUGGCGGCGCAGCAGCAGCCGGAGGCCCCAUUAGCUAAAGUGGUGCUUCAGGUUAAGAACAGUUUCAGGUUAAGAACGGAUCUCCGGAACAAAUUAAGUUCUUAACCUGAAGUACCACUGUAUAUUUUUUGGGGGGGGAGAUACCAGAUUUGGGGGUUCACAGUUAUUGGAGGACAGACAUAGUGCCUUGCUCUGCAUUCCUAAACUAACAUUGCAACCCUGUGCAUUUUUUCUCAGCUGUAAACUCCACUGUGUUCAAAAGGGGCUUAUCCCCUGGUAAGUGUACAUAAGGUUGCGGCCUGUGCAGCCAGGGCAGGUGUGGGCCUUUGUGCUUGUGCAAGUGUUGCACUUCCCUAUGGUCAAAUAUAUAUAUCUGUGGCACACAAGUGCGACGUUCUCUUCCCACCCCAUUAAAAAAUAACCUUUAAGCAUCAGAAUGAGAAAAAGCCAAACAGCAACACACGUAUUGGAGAAUCACCAGGAUUUCUCAUCCCAGCAAGGGAAAUUCACUAACAGAAGUGGGAAAGGAUGUAGACUUGUGAUUCUGCAUUCCCCCCCACCCCAACCCCCCCACCACUGCCCAUCAGCAGAGCCAGAUGGUCAGCUGGCACCCUGGCAGGAGCUUCUGCAAAACCCUUUUAGCUGAUGGACAACAAUCAACACAAAUCCUAGAGAUGCACAGAGCAAUUUUGGGAAAGGCUUGGCUGGUUUGGUGGUCUCCAGUCUCCUAGAUUUCCUAGCGCCUGUGGGGUGGCAGUGAUAACAGUGAGUUUGACCACUGUAAUUGAAGGCUACUGAAGACUGGCUCCUUAUGUGAUUAUCGUCGCGGCACAGAAAGCUUUUAAGUGGCUACGGCGUGGUGUUGGGGGGUCCCAGUCAUCUGACUCUGCCCCAAGAGCUUGAGACUGGUGCACAAAGUGAGUCUGUGAAGGGAAUGGAUGGGUGGCACAGACAUUGCGGGCAGAAGAUAGAGAUUUUCUGCAGGGACAUUCUGCAUCCUCUGAAUCUGGAUGGCCUCGGGGGCAGAACAUACCGUAUUUUUUGCUCUAUAAGAUGCACCAGACCAUAAGAUGCACCUAGUUUUUGGAGGAAGAAAACAAGGGGGAAAAAUAUUCUGAAUCCCAGAAGCCAGAACAGCAAGAGGGAUCUGGCUUCUGGGAUAGCCUCUUGCUGUCCUGGCUUCUGGCUUAGCCGCGCGCAGCCUCUUCUGGGCAGGGGGAGCCUUCAUCCCGCUGCCCAGGAGAGGCUGCGCACGGCUAUCCCAUAAGCCAGGAAUCGCUGGGCAGCGGGAGGAAGGCUCUCCCAAGAGCCGUGGUCCCUUUAAAGAGCGCGCGGAGCUUGUGUGCAGCUCUUAGGGGCUUUUCCCUGAGGAUUUUGUGAGGGCUAUUCCUUGCACCACUCAGGCUUACGUGCAUUGAAUUUUAUGUACAUAUGCACUACCCAAAUGUUAUGCACACACGCAAACAUCUGGCAGUGUUGGAAGUGGGAAAAGCCACACGCUCCACAUGGCUCUUUAAAGGGAGCACUGAGCAGAGCCUCCCACCUGCAUUUGCUCCAUAAGACGCACACACAUUUCCCCUUACUUUUUAGAAGGGGGAAAGUGCGUCUUAUAGAGCAAAAAAUACGGUAUAUAGGACAGUGUACAGACAACCUUGGGCAUCUCUCCCCAGUUCUGUUAUCACAGAGUCAUAGGUAAGGAGCCUCCUGCCCACCAAUUGGAAUAAACUUCUUUGUGAAGUGGUGAGCUCUUCUUCACUGGGGGUAUUUAAGCAGGGGGGCUAGGAGGCUGUCUGUCAAGGAUGCUCUCGUUGCAUCCUGUAUCACAUAUUUGGCAUUGAACCAAGGGAUUGGAUCAAAUGACAUCCAAAGUACCUCCCGGUUCUAGGAUAACUGAAAAGGAAGGGGUGACCAAGGCUGUCUAUACACCAUGCUGUAUAAUAUUGAAUUUCUGCCCCAUGACCAUCAAAAUUUGGCACUGAUAAAACCAGAUGUUGCAGUCUGCGUAGAUUUGAAAUAUCCAGCAAAGCUCUGUGUCCUUUUAAAUUAACUUAAUGUAUUCCACAAUACUUACCUUUUUGCAAUAAAUUGUUCUAAUUAUGCAAAUCAAGGGAACGGGCAAUGAACUAUGCAAGGCAUUGAAAACCCCAUGCCACCAACUACUGAAAAUCUUCAGCUACUCUUCUGGUUUUUGAUAUUUUAGCGUGCACUGUCCACGUUCUUGCAAGUAGUUCUUCUUAGCCUUAAGUGCAUGGGUAGGCAAACUAAGGCCCAGUCGCCGGAUGUGGCCCAAUCGCCUUCUCAAUCUGGCCUGCGGACGGUCCAGGAAUCAGCAUGUUUUCACAUGAGUAGAAUGUGUCCUUUUAUUUAAAAUGCAUCUCUGGGUUAUUUGUGGGGCCUGCCUGGUGUUUUUAUAUGAGUAGAAUGUAUGCUUUUAUUGAAAAAGCAUCUCUGGGUUUUUUGGGGGGCAUAGGAAUUUGUUCAUUUACCGUAUUUUUCGCCCUAUACGACACACUUUUCCCCCUCCAAAAAUGAAGGGGAAAUCUGUGUGCAUCCUAUGGGGCAAAUGCAGGCUUUCGCUGAAGCUUGGAGAGCGAGAGGGGUCAGUGCGCACCGACCCCUCUCGCUCUCCAGGCUUCAGGAAGCUAUCAGCAAGCCUGGGGAGCCCGCGGGAGUUCCCGCAGGGCUCCUUAGGCUGCGGAUAGCAGCCUGCUGCCCGGAGCGUGGGGCGUGCUGAAGCAGAGCGCCCCGUGCUUCGGGCAGAUAUCCGCAGCCUAGGGAGCCGUGCGGGAGUUCCUGCAGGGCUCCCUAGGCUGCGGAUAGCAGCCUGCUGCCCGGAGCGGGGAGCGCGCUGAAGCCGCGGCUGGGGGCGGGAAUAAUUUCCCCCCCUUUAUUCCCCCCCCCAAACCUAGGUGUGUCCUAUGGGCCGGUGCGUCCUAUAGGGCGAAAAAUACGGUAUUUUUUUCAAAAUAUAGUCUGGCCCCCCACAAGGUCUGAGGGACAGUGGACUGGCCCCCUGUUGAAAAGGUUUGCUGACCCCUGUGCUAGAGACUUGGUUCCAUUUUUUAAAAAAAGAAAGAUUUUCUGGGAGCUGAAUUCUGUGUUCCUCUGUUCCUCAUUUUGUGUUUCUUGUGCUUCUAUAGAACCCUGCCACACACAUGGUCUUUGAAAAUGUCUCUGUGGCACAGAUAGCUGUCAUCUUGGCUCCUGCUCCUUUGCAUACAAUACAGAACAAGAAAAAAGGACACACUCUUUUUUCCUGCUCAGCUGUUUCUGGUGACUAAACUGUUGACAUGCUUUGAUUGAGUGCUUAUUCAGGGCUUAUCCAUACUUACUUUUCCCCUGUAGCCCACACUUUAAGGUUUCAUGUCUGAGUGCCCCCCCCUUUUGCUCCAGAGCUUUCCUUGCAAAACCCCCCGCCACUCUUUCAAGCUGAAUCAGAGCAAACAGCAAUUCACAGAAAACCUAAACUGAUAUUUGCCUUGAUUUAACACUAAAGAGUGGGUUUUCAUGGGAAAAGCUCUGAGCGGGUGGGGAGCAGGGGCAGGGAACAACAUCUGCUUGGACAUAGAGCUUUUAAGUGCAGACCUGUGCCUACAAAGAGCACGGAAAAAUAUAAGUGUAGAUAAAGCUGUCACACAACUGUGGUUGCAGUGGUGACAGCUGCCCCUUAUCACAAAUAGAUGAUUCCAUCAUUCACUUGGCACACAGAGAAAGUGGAGUUUUGUCAGCAUUAUAGCCUUGUGGAAAUGUGGGCUGAUGAGUGAUGUUUCAGAAUCAGUCUGAUUUUUAUGCAUUCUGGUUUGGUCCUAUAUAGCCUCAGCAUGGAGUUACACACAUAUCCAAUAGCAAGCAUGAGGCUCCCUGAUCCAGAUCUGGACCUUGGUGGGGGCAAAGGGGUAAAUCUCCCCUCCCCUGCCAGGGUCCCAAUCCAGAUUGUGCUGUUGCACUUGAUUUUUGUGUUUUUUUAAAGCACAUCCACACAGUUACUGCAGAUUAAAUUUGGCCCUUAGCAACGUGGGUGAGAACGGUCGCCCUAAAUCACAGAGAUGACAAAACAGCCUUUGCCAACCUGGUGCCUGCCAGGUAUUUUGACUACAGCAAUAAUAAUAAUAAUAAUAAUAAUAAUAAUAAUAAUAAUAAUAAUAAUAUUUAUACCCCGCCCAUCUGGCUGAGUUUCCCCAGCCACUCUGGGCGACUCCCAACAGAAUACUAAAAAACACGAUAAAAGUUCAAACAUUAAAAACUUCCCUAAACAGGGCUGCCUUCAGAUGUCUUCUAAAAGUCAGAUAGUUGUUUAUUUCCUUCACAUCUGGUGGGAGGACGUUCCACAGGGCGGGUGACACUACUGAGAAGACCUUCUGCCUGGUUCCCUGUAACUUCACUUCUUGCAGGGAGGGAACCGCCAGAAAGCCCUCGGUGCUGGACCUCAGUUGAACGAUGGGGGUGGAGACACUCCUUCAGGUAUACUGGGCUGAGGCUGUUUAGGGCUUUAAAGGUCAGCACCAACACUUUGAAUUGUGCUCAGAAAUGUACUGGGAGCCAAUGUAGGUCUUUCAGGACCAGUGUUAUAUGGUCUUGGCGGCCACUCUCAGUCUGGCUGCCACAUUCUGGAUUCGUUAUAGUUUCCAGGUCACUUUCAAAGGUAGCCCCACGUAGAGCACAUUGCAGUAGUCCAAGCUGUGUUAGCUGGGGCUGAUGGUUGUAGCCAAAAACCUCCAGAGCCACCAGGUUAGUGAAGGCUGGAUUUGAAUAUUUCUCUUACUGCUCAGCCUCCCCACUUUAUUUUGACACAUUGGCACCAAGUACUUUGCCUUCCAGGAUAGCACAAGUGAAUCUAACCAUCACCCUUCUGAAAAACAGACAUCAUUGAUGUAGAGAAGACUUACUAGUACCAUGUAGGCAUGGACCAUAAGUCCAGGUAUGACUACUUGACAAUCAGGGGUCUAGGGGAUCUUCACCAGCAUCUGCUACCUGUUCCUUCUUUAACUGGAGAUGCCAGGAAUUGAAUUUGGGGUUUUCUGCAUGCAAAUCAUGUGCUCUGCCACUGAGCCUUGGCUCCUUCCUUGUAGCAAGUGCUGUGAAACCAACCCCCAUAGAGGCCUAUAGGGAGCUGGACAGAGUUUCCUUCGAUUAAAUAAUAAAAAAUUACCCCUAGUGCUCUCUAGGACAUGAACCCCAACUGAGGGGAAAGGACUUAGCUAAGUGGUAGUGCUUUGGUUGCUCCCCUGGGAUAGGUUGUUUGACCAUGACAGUGUCUAUGGAGUAUGUGCAACAGACUUUGUGAAACUAGCUGCUAAAUGUGUCACUUGCUGGUUGACUUAGGGAUUUUGUAUUGUGAUCUACUCCAUAUUUUGUUGUUUUAACAUGCUGUUUGCUACUUUGGGAGCCUUCGGGUCAAAAAGUGGUGUAUAAACAAACAAAACACGCAUAUGUCAUUGCCUGAAUUAGCUCCCACUGCAAGCUUUAUCUUCCACUGGAAUCAAAGUGGAAUAGUGAGCAAGUGUUUGCACUUCUCAAAGGGGCCCUGUUCCCAAGAACAAAGAAAAAAUAAUUGCUGGAGAAACUUAGCCAUGGGUACAUUUAGGGGAAGGCUCAGUGGUGGAGCUUGUGCUUUGCUUGCAGAAAGUCCCAGGUUUAUUUCCAAGUAUCUCCAAGUUGGACUGAGAGAGACUCCCAUUGUCUGAAAUCCUGGAGAGCCGCUGCCAAUCAUUGUGGACACUACUGAGCUGGAUGGAGCAAUGGUCUGACUCAAUAUAAGGCAGCUUCCUAUGGUCAGGAGUAGUGGUGUUUUAAAGAUACCAGAGACAUUUUUGAUGAUUAAGACACAGAGUGAGUGGUUCAUGAGCCACCAAAAUUGCAAUGGGCAGAAGCGGCUUUGUGGCAGAUGCGCUUGGGGAAAUGCUCCCCCCCAUCCCUUCCCCCACUUUCCAUCCAGGUCAAUACUGACAUUCCAAGAGCAUGAGCUGUCUUGAGACCAACUCUGUCACGGCAUCCUUCCUCUUAAGAGCACUUCCUUGGCUGGUUCCUGUUUAUCCCCCAGACUCCAGGCCAUUUGCAGAGACACCUUGAGGCACUUCAAUGUCUCUCCCUCCCUCCCUCUCUUUAAUCUCUCCAUCCCCUGCCCUACAUCUUUUGUUGUGUUGGCUCUGCUUGCGAUGCAGAUGUUUCUGUCGCAGGAGGAACUUGGCAACCCGUGCCAGCUAAGGCUGCAAAAAUGCCUCCACUGCUCUAACGUUUUUCCUCUUUAUGUUUCUGUCAGGUGUCUUGAGCACAAAAACAAUGCCCUUGCAAACUUUAAACAUCAGCGAAAAAUAAAAUCCAAGAUAGAUGUCAAUGAGGGCUUUCAAUCAAGACACAAGUGACUCAAGCCUUGGAGAUAACUGUUGGGAAAGGGCUCAGUGGUUGAGCAUCUCCUUUGCAUGCAAAAGUUCCCAGCUUCAAUCCAUAGCAUCUCUAGGUAGGGCUGGGAGAAAACUAUACCCAGAAGAGCCACUGCCAGCCAGUGUAGAUAAUGUUGAGCAAGAUUGGUCAUUGGUCUGACUUGGUAUAAGGCAGUUUCCUAUGUUCCUAUGUCCUGAACUACAGGGAAUUCAGAGGAAAAAGGGAUCUCCAGAUAGGGGUUUCAUAUAAACCAAGGGUAGGAAAUCUGUGCUCCUCCAGAUGUUGCUGGAUUAUAACUCACAUCAUCCCAGACUGGCUGGGGCUGAUGGGACUUGGAGUCCAGCAACAUCUGGACAAUAGGUUUCCCGUUCCUUUUGCAGAGUUGUUCAGAUAUCACAAAUGGGUCAUUGGAUUUUCUUAGCAUCGGAUCCCCCUGGAAUGGUAUUGCGUGGCAUAAGACAAUAAACCUAGAGUGGACCUGGAGUUAAUGCACAUGACAACUUAGGCACACUGAUUUCAGUGGCUCUACUCUGUUGAAUACAACUCAUUGUGUGAAUGCUUGCGGGGGGGAAUGCAGUCAUGAGGAACGCCCAUCCCAUAAUGAACAUUUGCCUGGAAAAGCCCAAAGAUUGCCAGGAACUCCUACCUUGAGUGUAGAACAGGAUAGAACACCUGUCAAUCUGACAUUUUGACAUUAUAAUUAGGACUACAGAAUUUAAAAAAAUAAAUGUUAGAUUAACUGAUUUUAAAAUACCUUUAGUUGACUAAAUUUGUUCUUGAUUAAUUGGACAAGGAAAAAAAAAGAGAGACAGGGGCACCCAAUGUAUUAUUACUCCAUUUAAAAAACAAGGAGUUAUAAAGUUCAUACCACAAGCUCCAUAAUAAAAGAGGCAUUCUCCAUUCUUCCGUCCCCAGGAGGGAAAUACUCUUCUAAGGUGGUGCUUGCUGCAACACGUUAAUGCAUUAUCUAAGAACAAAGGAAGUAUCUUUACUGCUUUGGCAUUAUGGUUUCUACCAACAUGUAGAUGUGCACAAAUCUAAUUGGCAGAUUAAUCAACUGAUUGGCCCAAACUCGUAAGGCUGAAAAUGUUUCGUUGGUUGGGUUGCAGCUCUUUAAAAGAUUGUGACUCUUGGCUAACAAAGCUGGAGGUGGUUAUGGCAUAGAAUAUUUGCUGUGCUGUAGCAUUAAGAGAUGGAGCUGAGAACCAGGAAGUCCUUGAUAGGCAUCUCUCCUUUGCCUCACCUGGUGGCCUAAGGCCCAGUGGCGUAACGUGGGGGGUGCAGGGGGUGCCGGCCGCACCGGCCGCAACAUCUGGGGGGGCGCACUCGCACUCACAGCUCUCUGCCCCUACCUGGCUCACUCACUCUCUCUCACUGCAGUGCUGGCUGUGCGAAUCCGAUCCGAGCCGCUGGGUCGCCGCCCCCUGUGGAGGGGGUGGGUGCCAGGCGUGCGGUGCGGAGAGAGAGCGAGGGACUAUCUGGGGGAGGGACAGUGCAGCGGCCGCCCAGCGCAGCGCUGAGCGCGGGAGAGAACCACACCAGACCAGCCCAGGCAGCAGCAAGAAGAAGCUGGCAGCGGCGGCAGGUUAGGGGUUAGGGGGCGCAAAUUACUUGCCUUGCACUGGGUGCUGACAACCCACGCUACGCCGUUGCUAAGGCCUCUCUCAGCCUCAUUCUGCAAAUGUGGGGGCAAUAAUAGCGAAUUAACCUUAUAACAGAGGUAAGAAACCUAUGGCACUCCUGAUGCUAUUGGACUCCAGUUCACAUCGUCCUGUGCUAGCUGGGGCUGAUGGGGUUUGGAGUCCAGGAAAAUCUGGAAGGUUUUACCUAUUCCUACUUUACAACAAGGUUGCGGUAAGGUUUACAUCUUAGAAAAGCCUUAAACACUUGAAAGCACUGUACAGAUUUCAAGUAUUACUCUUCUCACACAUCACCCUGAAAGCUUAUCUUAAGCCUCUUGUGUUUUCCAUGCAUCCAUCUAUUUGUGCAGGAUAGGAAGUGUCCCCAUUUUGAACCGUAUGUUCAUUCUAGCUCAUGUAAGCAUUACACAUCCAGGAAAUGUAAUCGCUAUAUAAAUAUUUAACAUCAUCAUCAUUAUUCAAUUUAUAUCCCGCCCUUCCUCCCAAAGGAGUGAGCUUUUCAAAUGGGCCAAGCAUUUUACAGAUACCCUCUUGCUGCGAUCUUUAAAACAAUCGUGUAACGCAGAUCAGAAUCACUAUCCCCAUAUCUGAGCUACUAAGGUGGUAAUCCUAACCUUGUUUAUAUGGGAGUAAGAGCCAUUGGAGUUACAGUGGUACCCCGCAAGACGAACGCCUCGCAAGACGGAAAACCCGCUAGACGAAAGGGUUUUCCGCUUUGGAGGCGCCAUAAGACGAAUUUCCUAUGGGCUUGCCUGCAAGACGACAGCCCAUAGGGAAAUCUCAGGGACAGCGGGGAAGCGCAGCGCGCCUUCCCCACUGUCCUCGGACCUCCUCCGAAGCCUGGCGGCGGGGCGGGGACACCUCCUCCCGCCGCCGCCGGGCUCGGGAAGGCCCUCCGAAGCCGGGCGGGGGGAGGGAACACCUGCCGCCGCCGCCCGGCUCGGAACGGUGCCCGGCCGGGCGGGGGAGGGAACACCUGCCGCCGCCGCCCGGCUCGGAACGGUGCUCCGGGCCGGGCGGGGGAGGGAAGACCUCCGCCUCUGCCCGGCUCGGAACGGUGCUCCGGCCGGGCGGUGGGGAGGGAAGACCUCCCCGCCGCCCGGCUCCGGAACGGUGCCCGGGCCGGGCGGGGGAGGGAACACCUCCCGCCGCCGCCCGGCUCGGAACGGUGCCCGGGCCGGGCGGGGGAGGGAAGACCUCGCCGCCGCCCGGCUCGGAACGGUGCCCGAGCCGGGCGGGGGAGGGAAGACCUUCUGAAGGCGGGCGGGGGCGAAGUCUUUGCUCCCCUGCCUGCCUGUCCCGGAGGGCUUUUGAAGGCGGGGGAGCAAGACUGCGCCCCGCCCGCCUUCAGAAGAGGUCCAGGACCUCUUCUGAAGGCUGGCGGGGGCAAAAGUCUUUGUCCCCCUGCCUGCCUUCCCAGGGGCUUUAGAUUGCCCCGGACAGCGGAGAAGUCCUCCGCUGUCCCGGGGUGAUUUUAAAUGCCGCCCGCCAGCAUUUUAAGAUCGCCCGGACAGCGGAGAAGUCCUCCGCUGUCCCGGGUUUUUAAAAUGCUGGGGGUGGGAAGAAAAGCCCUGCUCUCCCCCAGCCUUCAGAAGAGGUCCGGGGACAGACUGUCCCCGGACCUGGUCUGAAGGCGGUUUCCUAGGAACGCAUUAAUUGAUUUUCAAUGCAUUCCUAUGGGAAACCGUGCAUCGCAAGACGAAAAACUCGCAAGACGAAGAGACUUGCGGAACGAAUUAAUUUCGUCUUGCGAGGCACCACUGUAGUAUAACUUGCUUCUGAGUAGACUUGAGUAGGGCUUUCGGUGGCUUUUUUUGCAAGGGUGAGUAUUUAAUAGUGGGGAAGAUCAUGGAAGCUUUAAAAAAUGCUGAAAUGUCCACCACACUUCCAUUACGCUGCAAUUGUUUAUUGCGCAAUCGCCUUGUCUUCCACCGAUUUAAAAGCCAGGACAGCAUGUGUCCUUUUUGCUUAGAUAAUACAGCGCUAGAAAAAUAAUUAUCUUACAAUAGGUUAUCAUCAGUUCAAAUGAGCUCAGCAGCUGCAGUGUGUGAGCUGGCUUGCCAAACGCUACUGCUUUAAUGUUGCUUAUGAUCGUGCAUAUACAUUCAGUAGAGACAAAGCGAUCCCCCAGAGGCAGAUCUUCUAGAAACUGAGAAGGUGGUGAACCCCAAAGAUUUACAUUUUCAGAAACCUCCAGCUGUAUGCAGUUGUGGCUGGUGGCCAUUGGAGUUGGUAGGAUGGAAAGCAAGGAAACCAACCAUUAUUUUAUGUAUUUAUUUACAGUAUUUAUAUGUCACUUUUGAGGCAGACCUCAGAAAGUGGUUCACAUAAGGUCUUUACAACAAUAAGCAUCAUUUUAUUUUUAAAAAGAAAGCUGUAAAAGAAUGGAAAAGACAGCACUUCUGACACCCAGGGUGGCAAACCGCUAUGUACAGCGCAUGUGCAACGUCACUACAUACAGCGUACGUACAUGCGCUGUACAUAGCUGUUUGCCGGCGCCGGCACUCCAGCGCUGUACGGACGGUGCUGGGGUCCUCUGCUCACAGCUGCAGCCGCAAACGGAGCAUCCUCCGUUUUCGGCUGUAGUGGUGACGGAGGGAUCCCACCGCCGUCCGUCUGGUGCUCAAGCAGCACCGGCGGCAAACCACUAUGUACAGCUCAUGUGCGGCAUCGUUACGUACGGCGCAUGCAUGCAAAGCCGCACAUAUGCUGUACAUAGCGGUUUGCUGCUGGCGCCGGGAUCCUCUGCUCGUGGCUGCAGCUGCGGAGGAUCCUUCACAUGUGGCUGCGGCAGCGCGAUGGCUGCUCAUGCUACCGCAAGCCCCCACAGAUUGCCUUCUUGUCACCCCCCCAGACAUGGCACCCGGGGUGCACCGCCCGCACCCCCCGUUGCGAUGCCACUGCUUCUGUUCUCCUCCUCCUCCUCCCCACCCUCUCAGGGUAAGAUGAUCCAUCAAAUGCUGCUGUAGAGGCAAUUUCAGGGAGAGAGAGGCUGCUACAGAAUCUGGAUGGCUACAGUUCAUCAAGCUUCUUUCUUUUCCACUCCCCUGUAAGUAGUGUUUUAAAAAAGGUCAAAGGGCAGGAGAUCUGAGGACUAGUGCAAAAGAGCCCCCUGCUCCAUCUCCUCACAACUCCCCUUGUUGGUAAGAUGAUUAGUUUGAUGCAAUCCUUGGUGGAAGCAAAAACGAAUGUCUUUUGGCUGCUAUAGAUGAAGGUGGUAGCAGUAUGUACAGUUCUUGCUAGGGAUGGGUGAAUCUCCAUUUCCCAGGGCUAAGCUGUGACAAGCUAUGAACUGCAAUCAAGGUUUGUUCUUGGGUUACCUGUGCUUUAUUUGUGGGAGAUAAGUGCCUUCCUCCUCUGUUAAACUUUGCUGCAGGCACCUAUAAUGCUGAACAGCUUGGUUUCUUGCUGUUCCUCACAGUGAAAUUGACGUGGCCGCCUAUUGGUGGCCAUGCAAACUGCAGCAUGACGGUCACCUUAACACAGAUAUAGAUAGAUAGAUAGAUAGAUAGAUAGAUAGAUAGAUUGAUAAUCAGGAGAAGUUCAUACUAAAUUGCUGAUGAGUUUUAUUGAGGACUGCUUUUUUAAUUAAAAAAAUUGCAAAUUGAUGUGUAAGUUUAGCGUAAUGCUGGUGGUCAACAAAAGAAGUUUAAAGACUGUCUCAAGGCAAAUCUAAAAAAAAUGUAGUAUAAGCACUGACAACUGGGAAACACUGGCCUAUGAGUGCUCCAGUUGGAGAACAGCCUUUGCCAAAGGUGUCAUGGGCUUUGAAGACGCUCGAACUCAGGACGCGAGGGAGAAACGUGCUAAGAGGAAGGCACACUUGGCAAACCCUCACCGUGAUCAACUCCCGCCCGGAAACCAAUGUCCCCACUGUGGAAGGAUGUGUAGAUCCAGAAUUUCCCUCCACAGUCACUUACAGACUCAUUGUUAAAACCGUGUUUAUGGAAGACAAUUUUACACGGCUACAAGUGAUCGCCAAAGAAGAAGUGUAGAGAACUGAGUUCAAGACUAGGACAAUAAGAAAUGGGGAGGAAGCUGAGGGCUGCCGUAUGUCUUCUUUUUCCAGAACACGUCCUCUUUUUCAAGGGUAUGUAAAACGAGAGUCGUCAUAGUUAAAUGUAGAAGUCGCCAAAUGUGUCCUCUUUUUUGCUCUUCAAAAUAUGUCAACCCUAACACAGUCACCCAUACUCACCCCUUAAGUGAUGUGAGGUUGAGGCCUGACCUUUCUCUAUAUGAGAGAGUGAGAGUGAGUGGGUGGGUGGGUGGGUGCACACUUGGCUUUCCCUCAGUCUGACCCAGCAACACCCUGAGAAGGCCUGGUGGUCUCUCUGCUAGCAGUCUCCUCUGCCAGCUAUUCCACCUCCGCCCAGAUCCCCUUUGACCACAGCUGUUUGGAUGGAAGCUUGACAGGGAGUAGCAAAUUUCAGAAGAGAGAUCAUUUGAGGCCCCCUUGCUCUCUUCAGUCUAAGCCUGAAGGCGAUGAUUCGACAUGCUUUUGUUUCUGUCUGCCCUCAAACUCUGAGAGCAUUUAGAUAAAGAAUCUUUUAAACAAAGGCUAGAUUUCGGGGAGUGAGGGUAGGAAGGGGAGCUGCUUGGCUGGGGCUAGUAGAACUGUUACUCCACCAGCAACCUUAUGAUUUGCUCAUUUUUCUGGGAUGUGCACUGCCAUGUGUACUAUACUGUGGUUUUCUUGAAGAUCUGUGUCAGAAAAUAUUGCCAAGGAAAAGGUAUAUGCAUGUGUACCUAGCCCCUUUUAUCACUGCUGGGCUGUACAUUCAUAUAAACAAAACAUGAAGACCCUCUUUGGGUGGAGUGCUCUUCUUCUUUUCCUCUUUUCAAUACAGUGGUACCUUGGGUUAUAUACGCUUCAGGUUACAGACUCCGCUAACCCAGAAAUAGUGCUUCAGGUUAAGAACUUUGCUUCAGGAUGAGAACAGAAAUCGCGCAGCGGUGGCGCGGUGGCAGCAGGAGGCCCCAUUAGCUAAAGUGGUGCUUCAGGUUAAGAACACUUUCAGGUUAAGAACAGACCUCCGGAAUGAAUUAAGUACUUAACCUGAGGUACCACUGUACAGGCAUGGGCAAAUUAUAGCUCUGUUGUCCAGGUUCAUGCAGGUAGCAAGAAGAGGGAACAGGGGUGGAAGGGAGUGGCAGAGAGAGAGAGAAGGAAAGGAACGGCAGAAUCCUAGAACCACAGAAUUGCAGAGUUGGAAGGGGACCAUGAGAAUCAUCUAGUCCAACCCCCCUGCAAUGCAGUGAUCUUUCGCCCACCAUGGGGCUUGAAGCCACAUCUCUCAUGCUGAGAGACUGAGCUGAGAGAGGUGUGCUGCAGAGAGAAAGAAGGGGUGGCACAGAAAGAAGAAGUGGUGGGAGAGAGUGAACAAAGUCAUGCUGCACUCAGUUUUGGGUCUGUCCCUAGGCCAUCACUGGUUUUGGACCGAGAAAGCAAGGGGGGAGGAAGAGGGCACAAAGGAGUGCCUCACUCACUUUCGGAUCUGACCCUGGCUACCACUGGCUUCAGCCCUGUCCAUCACUGGUUUUGGCCUCCCACGCAGUGGCAUUCAGGUCUUGACAGAUUACUCCCAAGGGAAUGCAGCCCUCGACAGAAAAAAAAAACUCCCUGUCCUGUUUUAACGUAAGAGAAACUUCACAUGAGUGGUAAACCAAGUACGGAAAGGUCAUUCUAAACCACGCUGCAAAAACAUGUGGUUGCAUUGCACGUAUUACAUGUUUGGCGGUGGUGAUGAAAGAGAAUUUAGGGGUUUGCGAGUGUGGGGGUGGGGUGGGGGAAGGAUAGCAAACCUUUUUUUAAAAAAAAACUAUUUCAAAAUGCCUUUUACUUCAGCGGCUGCACACUUUGACUGCACUGAAUCUGGGAGGAUUUCUCAGAAAAGGCCUAAUUGUCAUGUAGUUAACAGCUGCCAAGACACAAAUUGCAAAAGCCUGGAGAAGCAGAAAUGCUCCAGAGAUUCAAGGAUAGGAUGAGCACAUAAGAUCUCCUCCCAACUAAAGGGGAUGGGCCUUGCAAGGAUGAUUUUGGGGAGAAGCAGCUCCCAUUAUCUUUUCUUUCACUGUGGCGUGUGUAGCAACUUAAAGCAAACUCCUUUAAAGUGACAAUCGUUUUGCAUUUCCUCAUAACUUUUCUCCAUACUGAGUUAUUUUGCUCUUUUAGUGCAGCUGAUUGGCUACAGUGGAAGCAGGAUGCUAAACUAGGAGGACCUUUGAUCUUCUUCUGUCUCCUACAUGCUCAGCUUGCCAACAUUCCUGUUUUGAGCCCUUAGCUGUCCACUGUUGGAGGCAGAGUGCUGGGCUAGAUGAACUUUUGGACUUAAGACAAUAAGGGAAUUCAGAUGUCUCUGGACUAUAACUCUCAUCAUCCCUGACCACUGGGAAUGCUGUGGGGGGGGGACUGAUAGGAAUUGGGAGCCCAACAGCAUCUCCCCUUCUGAUGUGUAUAUGUGCCCACCACUUGGUUCAAUGCAAUCUUCUAAGUGGAGUGAUCGGUGCGUACCAAAGAGUGACAAGCAAUGAGGCUAAACUCAGUGGCUGGCUUCCAAAAACAAAAGAUACGGAGAGAAUAGUGAUGACUGAUGAAGGGAUGCUAAACACUCCUGUGAGACAUUUGGGGAAAUGAAUAGUGAAGAAGGGAAAUAAGGGAGCAUGCCAUGAUGAUGCUCACUCAAAGAGGAAUUGUGGCCCAAAAGGGGUGAAUGGACUCAAAUCAUAGACUUGAAAGGCGCCUCAUCUAGUCCAACCCUUUCCUCAAUGUAGGAUCUGCAAUACAGGAUGCAACUGCAGCAUCCCUGACAGACAGCUGCCCAGCCUCUGCAUAAGUAUCUCCAGCAAAAGAAAGUCACCAGCUCCUGAGGCAGCCUGUUCCACAGCUCCUUUAGCUAGGAAGCUCCCUCCAAUCUUUAGCUCAAAAUCCAACUUCCUUGCGGUUCCACCCAUUAGUUCCUCUGGAGCAAAAGAGAGCAAGUUGCUACCUUUCCUAUAGUCUCAGGGGGGCAAUUCAUCCCAAGCCCAGGCAUAACAUCCCUUGACGAUGUAAACUGCCUCUCCACUGAAAAGUAUUUGAUCCAGCGACAAACUGGUGCAGACAUUCUAUCCAUGGUCAUUUAUUACCUGGGAUGUGGGCUCAUUCACACAUAUACUUGGGAGCUGGGUGGCGGCGGUAGAAGUUUCACCUCCCAAAUAAUUUUAUUUAUUUUAUUUUUAUUUUUUAUUAUUAUUUAUUAUUAUUAAUUUCUGUUCCGCGGUUUGCAAUUUAAAAACACAAAAAUACGUAACACAGUAGCAAACAAAACAAUAACACCCUCCCAAAAACUCAUAAAGGCCACAGAUUGCUUAAUUAGCCAAAGGCCUGGGGGAAAAAUAUAUAUAUUACCAAGUAAAUGGAGUUAUAAUGUGGAGUCAAAUUGCUUUUAAUAUUUCUAAUGUAUAUACGGAGCACUUGAUUCAAACCAAGUCAUUUACAAUAAAGAAAUCGGUAUUAUAUUUGAUAUAUUAUGGCAAGUAUAUUGGCAUUUAUAUUAUGGCUCAUUUAGACUGUGCAGUGAGUGGUUUUUUCGUAUGGAUAAAAUAUAGUUGAUGGAGGAGGAAAAUUAAAUUAAAGGUGAUGACAGUUCUCCGGGGUAGGAAGCAGGUCCAGCCCUAACAUUAUACAGAAUGAGGCAGCUGCUUCAGGCAACAGCUGCUGGAGGACUAGUAGUGCUGUCCAGGUGGAGAGCAGGGCUGUGUGUCCUUGCACCAGCCAAACUAGGCUAUAGACUUCUGGUGAGGCUAAGGGAUGCUGUCACAGGUCUGGGAUGCUGACACAGGUCACCAACAGUACAGAAAUGACACUCUCAGUCUGGUCGGCUUUUGCAUGAAGACUGAGCAGGGUGAAGCCAUCUUGUCCUUUGCCUUGGGCAGCAAAAUGCCUGGGGAAUGCACCAGGAGUAGGGACCUCUUUGCCCUAAUAUUGAUGAACUGCAGUUCCCACCAGCCCGUGGCAAACAUGGCCAAUGGCCAAGGAUGAGUGGAAUGGCGCUUCAGUAACAUCUGGAGAGCCAGAGGCUCCCCACGCCUGGGAAAGACCAACCAUGGGCAACCUUUUAUGGUCCAAGGGCCAAAUUCUUAUCAGGACAACCCUCUGAGGGCCAAGUGGAUGCGCUUUAAGUUUAAGGGGGACUUGGGUUAAACUACAGAGCCUAGGACUUGCUGAUCAGAAGGUCGGCGGUUCGAAUCCCCAUGACGGGGUGAGCUCCCGUUGCUCGGUCCCUGCUCCUGCCAACCUAGCAAUUCGAAAGCACAAAGUGCAAGUAGAUAAAUAGGUACCACUCCGGCGGGAAGGUAAACGGCAUUUCCGUGUGCUGCUCUGGUUCGCCAGAAGCGGCUUAGUCAUGCUGGCCACAUGACCCGGAAGCUGUACACCAGCUCCCUCAGCCAAUAAAGCGAGAUGAGCUCCGCAACCCCAGAGUCGGCCAUGACUGGACUUAAUGGUCAGGGGUCCCUUUAUCUUUACCCAUAGACAGUCCUGGGGGUAAGCCUUGGAAGGGGUGCCUUGGAGUGUUUGAAGAGGAGGGGAGGAAGGGGGUUCCGGUAUCUGAGAACCAGGUUGCGUGGGGGGGGGGGGAGGAGGGGAGAGGCUGGGAACUGCGGUACCAGUUGUGUGUAUGGAGGAGGGGCUGUGAUCAUCUCUUGGGGGUGUCCUGAACGUAUCUGUCAGGGGCGGAGUAAAUCCCGCAGAUGGGCGGGGUGGUGGUGGAAGCCGCUCUUCCUAGCGGAGGCGUCCUUCGCCCACCGCAGGAGGCAAAGCUGCUGUGUGGGGCGUGGGGUGGGGUGAGGGGGAGGGAGGCUGAACGAGGAGAGCGCGGAGGUGGCGGCAGGCGCGCGCGCGGGGGGGGGGGGCGUGUGGAGGCAGCCACAUGACCGGGCGGGCUGCGAGCCAAGGCGGACGGUCUGGGUCUCCCCCGACGCCCGCCUACAAAUGCAGGCGGGCCGCGGUGGGAGCGGGCGCGAUCGCUGCUGCUGCUGCUCGCUGCGUGACUGUUGCAGCCGGCUGGCGUGGCUCGGCCCUCGGCGUCGCGAUGGGCGUGCGGCGUUGGCUGCUGGCGCUGCUCCUUCUCUGGCUGGCUCUCAGCCCCGGCUCCGGAGGUGGGUUGCUGCUUCGCUUGACCCUCGAGGGCAGGCGGGAUCGGGGCUCCGAGCGCCGCACUUGUUGCCGGGCGUGCACGCUAAGCGGCGGGGUGGGAAGGAGGGAUCAGCGUCGACCGGGUCGCCUCUUCUCCCUCGCGAAGGACGCGCUCCUGACCAAACUGCUGCCCGACCUCUCGCCCUCUGCUCGCCGUCGGGGCGCCCGCUCGGCCAGGAGGGGACGUGCCAGGCGGCGCGCCGCCCUCUCGCCCCCUUCUCCGGUUACGAGAGAGCCAGAAAGAGACGGCCUGGCACGGACAGCGAGAUGGCGGGCGGGCGGGCAGCAGCGCCGGUCCUCCUCUGCUCUCUGCUGCGCCCCUGGCAGGCAGCGCCUGUUGCAGCAAGAUCGGGGAAGCCUGCGCUCCCCCCGGCUCCCCGCGCGCGGCAGGCAUGCUUCUCUGCACGCGAGCACAUCACAAACCAGCGUGGGACUGCCUGUAGGGUCUGGUGGAAGUGGGGUUUUCACCCUCUCCCUGCCACCCUGCAGCUGUCCAGAACCCGCUUGCCUUGGGGGCGGGGAGGAUCCCAAAACGAGUCCCGUGCAAGUUGCAGGGAUCGUGCCUGUUAGCCUCCGCUCUGCUGGCAGAUGUUCAACAGAUGAAGGCGGCUCACCUUCUGCCAGCUGACUUCUAUCUGUUGAAUGCCUGCCUGUUAGCAGCCACAUGAAUCGGCGUAGGUUCAGCUGCUGAAGGCUACGCACCCUCUUCUGGGGAAUACUUUUACCUGCUGAAUGUCUGCCUGUUUAGCAGGGGCUCCACUAGCAGGCGUCCCAAAGGGGAACGCUUUGCACUCGCUGCUGGGGAAGGCUUCAUCUGUUGAAUUCCUGGGUGCCCUUCUAAUGAAGAGCCACAUGUGGGCAAUGGGGCAAGAGGCAGGGAAAAUAGGACAACUCUUAGCCUGGGGAAUGCUUUUCAGUUUGAGGGGAAAGGGGCUGCAGAGGCUUUCAAGGUGAGGAGACCUUGAUGGUGCACCAGGGUACCUGUAGCAGCAGGGAGUAAAGAGGGCAGCUUUGAGCUGCCUUUAUGGGCUUAAAGAGCAACAGCUGACUGGAGCACCACCUGACCCUCCAUUCCUUGUCAGAAGAUGCCAAAGGACUGUAGCCAAUGUGAGAUCUCAGCACGUCCCCCUCUUGGCACAGCCAGGACCAGGUUGCCCAGGGUGGUGCAUUCGAGUACCACUUCGUGGGCAGGUUGGGAUGGGAGGAAGGAGACUGGCACCAGCCUGCUCUUUCCGGCUGUUUAAGCUGGUCCUUCUUGCCAGGUGCUGAUAAUGUCCCUCUGUGUGUACUCGGAUUCUUUUGUGGUUAAUGGCUACUGCCAAGGUUAAUUUGAGGCAGGGUUUAGUCCUGGGACCCGUUUCCAGUGCUGGCAUUUCACUUUGGACCCUGUGGAGAAGGAGUGCCUCUGAGCACGGGCAGAGAGCACUGUGCUGUAAAUCUGUACCUCUACUAUAAAUCUGUAGCCAGCUUCCCCAUAUCUGGAAACUGAUGGGAAGCAAAAGGUGUGGCUUCUAAAUAGGUUUGAGCCACUGCGCUUGUCUCUUCUCUACCCUCCCUGUUGGCAUUUCCUCUCGUGAUCUUUCUCUGGUCUUUGCCUCCAGUUUGUGCCUGUAGUGGCAAGGUAGGUCAUGGGAAUUUUGUAAGGCACCAGGGACUGAGGUAGUGUCCCAAAGGGAUGCAGAGCCAGAGGAUGGGGGUUUGGAAGACAGCCAGAGGGGUAGGGUAGGGAAGGGAGCUGAAAUAGGUUGAUCUCACAAGCAUUUGACCAUCUUGGAGAAUACAAGGUUGCUUUGCGCCCUCCUCUCCACUGAGCCUGACAUUCGAGCAUUUGGCAUCUUAGCCCUCUGAAUAUGCAUGUGUGUCAGAUUUCAAAUGUGCCUCAUAAAUACAUGCUUAACAUGUAAUGUGAUGGCGAACAUGAUUUUUUUUACAUUGAUCCAGUUUGGACAAUGGACAAUGGUGCCCGUGAACAAGCUUUGUGAUAGGUACAUCACCCUUUCCUUCUCAGCACAAGUCAGUUACAGCAUAAGUCUACCAAGAAUCAUAGUUUCCUAUUUUGUCUGAACUUGGAAACUAUGGUUACCAGGUUGGGAAGCAAGCCAGGAUUGUAAACAAGCUUCAAAGCAUGUUUUGUGAUCCUAGCUUGUUCCGAAAAGGUGGUCCUUUCAGGAAACCUGUUUAUUGAACAUUCAUCCUGAUUUGUUUGCACAAAGUUUGCGGGGAGGUUAGAUGACACCGAAUGUAUCUUGCACAUUCAUUCUGAUUUGUCUGAUUACAGGGAGGUUAGAUGAUGUUGCAUCAAGCAAUUAUUAUCCCAACACUUUCCAAAGCACUUCCCCUUACUUUCUUUAUUGUAAAGAAAAACUGCUUUUUUGUAGGAAGUGGUUUUAUUGCACAAGAGCACCAAAUGCAACUUUAAAUGUGCAACCUGAAUUUGCCAGCAUGUCAUUCAAUCCCACUCCAAAAUAGCAUCAAUAUGGAAGCGCCCCAGGAUAUUAUACGUAGUUUCCUAGUCCUGAGGAACUGGGAAACCAUGGUUAUUUGGACACUUCCAGCUUUAACCAGCUCACAUCAAGGAGGAAAGUCACAAGACUUGCAUAUAUGUUAACUUAUUAAGGUGAAAUAGGAUCAUCUAAACCAGGUCACAUGUCAUAGUUGAAAAACCUGGUAUGUACCAUAGUUGCUCAUUAGUACAAAAUAACAACCCCUGUAAUUGGGCUGUUUUAAGAUGCUUUGAUAUGAGGAAUCAUUACAAUGUUAACCAUGAAAGGAGGGUUGAUAUUAUUAUCCUUAUACUGCAGAUAUGAGACAUGGAGAUGGUGGCUUUCACAAGGACACCUAGGGAGUGAAUGGCAGAGUUGAGAUUUGAGCUUGGGUCUGACUUGUACACUGAGAUCCUGCUCCAUCGAAAACUGCAGGAUUGACUUCCAAGUACAAAUGCUUAGAAUUAGCGACUUAUGCCUUCCUUUCACUUUACGAUCUGCAUGGAAUGCAUUUCUGCGGUGUGUGAAGAAGUGGCUCUAGUAGCAACAUUUGAAUGGGAAGUGCCCAAGCAACAGCUGCUCAUGAACAGCUGCCCAGGAUGGGCUGCAGGAAGGAGCGAAGCAUGUUGGGAGGGGAGUAUGUGGGAUGGAGAAUAAACUGAGGGUAAAUGAGGGUGGAAGGUGAACUUGUUAUUGUGCUGCUUGAAAAAGAAAAAUAGAUAUCUUAAUUAGUGGCGGGGAGGACAGACCUGCUGUGGGCAUUCCAUGCAGCACACCUCCCCAAAAUCUUAACAGUUCAGCUGUUCAGAUAAGUUCCCUUGCUUGUGCAAACAUCAGUCUAUCAAGUGCUUCCCCUUGAGGUGUGUUUUGUGUGCCUAUGCCAUACCUUUCAUAAAAGUCACACUGCUGUAGCAUUUGAAUGUGAGUCCUGAUGAGAGCAGGAGAAAGCAAAGGUCUUCCAGGACCUGACCGUCAAGUGCGCAGGGAGAUUUAAGGGCUCCUGUUAAAGCAUUUGCAAAUAAACAGGACUUGUUGCAGGGGUUGGGUACCUGUGGCCCUUACAGAUGUUGUUAGAUUGCAGCUCCAAUCCUCUCUCAACACUAACUAUGCUGGCUGGGGGCUGAUGGGAGUUGAAGUCCAGCAACACCUGGAGGGCCACAGGUUCCUCACCCUACCUUAUUAGAUAGAGGGGAAUGUUUUUACCCUGUUGGGAACACAGGAAGAUGCUUUAGCUUAGUAUUAUCUACACUAACUGACUGUGGCUCUCAGUGUUUUCAGAGAGAUUUCUCAGUCAUGUCUGGAGAUUGCCAGGGAUGGAACUUGAAACCUUCUGCACGCAGAACAUGUGCACUACCACAGAGCUAUGGCCCUUUCUUAGAAGGUGAAGCUGGUGCUUCCUCCAAGCACAGGUGUAUGUGAAAGACAUUUCCUGCAUUACUUACUGCAUGCUGAUGGUGAAAAGGUUCAUUCCCCUCAAUUAAAUCCACAAAUGGGCAAGUACUUUGGGGAGAGCUUUUGCAGUCCCCUACUCCAUGUGCCCUCCAUCUUUUCCAACAUCAGGGUCUUUUCCCGGGAGUCUUCUCUUCUCAUGAGGAGGCCAAAGUAUUGGAGUCUCAGCUUCACGAUCUGUCCUUCCAGUGAGCACUCAGGGCUUAUUUCCUUAAGAAUGGAGAGGUUUGAUCUUCUUGCAGUCCAUGGGACUCUCAAGAGUCUCCUCCCGCACCAUAAUUCACUUGCCUAAUCCACAGCAGAACCAUUGUUCAUGUGUGUGUGUUUUCCCAGAACUGCUCAGCAGGCCCCUGUCAUUUGAAUUAUAGCAAAAGGACAUGUUAAAGGUAUGUGCAGAAUAGAAAGGUAAAUCUGUGUUAGACUAAUGCACUUAAACCACUUUGUGACACAUUGUCAAUAAAGUUAAAGAGCUGAAAAGAUGGCGUUUGAAGACAGGUAUACAGAGUGAAGAUUACUAACGCAGGUGAAAAUAGAACCAGAUCAUGGGUUAAUUAACCUGGAGCACCUGGAUGUUGCAUUGUGCAUAUGAUAUUGGAUACCUGUUUUCCUGUCUUUACACAGAGGUGCCAAUUCUUAACAAGUAGCAACUGCCAUAAAACCAGGAUCUCUCGCCAGUUGUUUGAAAUGUAGACUUCUGUCCUAGUCUGAAGAUGAUGCCAAUUGCCAUCAUUAUGCUCGGUGCUUUACAGAUUGGUAAGGAGUCAGGUCCCCACUGAAAAGAGGGAAAAUAGAAACAAGACAGAGAGAAUCUUAUCCACCCAGCGGUGCAAAAAAUGGGAAACAGGGUGCUGGCAAAUUGCUUACAGCUUUGGUCAUCUUGCAGUCUUCUUGCAAUCACUAUAGCUCUGAAAAUUUGUAACAAAACUGUGAGAUUUAGGGUAAAAUGAUAUGCAGUGCUAAAUGAGUCACUGGGUUUUUAAUUUAAUUUUACUUCAACUGUAUUUGAUUUUGCUGUAUCCUUAUUUUGCUUUAAAUAGCAACUGCCACAGUUUCUACAAACACACCCACCCACACCCCUCCCCCUAAAAAACCCUGCUUUUAUUAUCCUCUGGAAGGUUCUCAUUGAACCUUGUUAGUAACCCUGAAAGUGGACAUGUGUCUUCACAUAACACAGGGUGAUACAAUGCAGCCGACAGAAAAGAGGAUUGGUUAAUAUCAUCAAAGGUGGUAGGUCUUUCUGUUUGUCACUAGUGUGUAGGAGAGCCGAAGUUUAUAAGAUGGUGAAUGUUAACUGGGGUGGCUUUCACACAGUAGUUUAUUGUGGAAUUGGUGCUGUUCACACAUACAUCUUUAUCACGGCAUCUGCAUGAAGCCGCCCUCUGCAAAAUGCCACCCCAUAUUUCUCUUCAUCCCCUUUUAAUCGGGACAGUUUUCUGCAUUGCUUUUCUUCUUACUGGAUUUUCUGUGGAAAUGGUAAAUCCAUAUGAAAUGGUAAAGGGGUAUAGGAUGGCACUACAGUGCUGACUGUGUUGUGUGGAUGCUACACUAUAAACUUCCAUGCAUGCAUCACCAUGUCCACAAUAAAGUGCUUGCAUCCCUUGGGCCAGCUCUGGGCAUGUUGCUCAGCAAGUUUAGACCAUCUCUCAUGCUAGCUUGUCUCUGGGAGGCAUUUCUGCACGAGAAUGAAACGCCGUGGGGCAAGGUGAAUAUAAAAUGGAAGAAUGGUAAAAAGAGGUGUGGGAUAUAGCUAUUAAUGAUAAAUUAACAAGUGCUAUUAAGGUAAGACAGGGAAUAUGCACGAGAAGUGAUUUUGAGGAGAUAUGGAAGGUAUUUGUUUAUUAUAAAAGGUAUAAUUAUAAAAACAAUAAUUUUUAAGAAGGAAAUUAAAUGUCCUUUCAUACAGUCAAAUAUUAUGUAAUUCGUCAUUAAAUAAAUAAAUAAAGUGGCAUAUCUGUCCAAGGCACAGCAAGACAAUAUCAUCUAGGCAGCGCCGUUGACAUUUUUCCCCAUCACUGAACUCAACUUGGACCGUUGCCAUGGGUCCUAAUUUAAAGAAAAGAGCCUCUGAUGCCGCUUCCAGCAGCAACGUGUCUAGUUCUGGUGCGUGUCAGGCAGAUGCUUGCCGCCAUGCAGGUCUGGCCGAUGGGCCUUUGUUGACAGGAAUCCAAUGCUCUUCCUCCCUCCCAGCCCCACCCAAAAAUAACAGCUCAGACAAAGCUCUUUUCAUAGCAGUAACAAACACCAUCCUGUGAAGGCCACACGGUCUGGAAAGGGAAGUCAAGACAACAUCCCCAAGAAGCUUCAGAAAAGUGCCAUCUCCACUGUGGCACAGCCAGCAAAGGGCAUCUUGGCCAAAAACCAGACAGGACUCAGCUACUGCACCUAAAUCUAGUAGCAUGGGUGCUGGAGUUAUCGGAAGAAAGCCAUGGUCGCUUCCAGACAAUCUGUUCAUUUUGCAUCCUCAGUCUCCAUCAGCCAGUGUUGGAUGUUGCUGGAUUAAAUUACAUCCCUGCCUCUGUGCUAUACAUCUGAAGCACUCUUGCAGCACUUUGAAAAUAGUGAUGGCUUUCCUCCAAUAAUUACUAAGGGUCUUCUCAGCAGUGUCACCCUCUUUGUGGAACACCCUCCAGUCAGAUGUCAAGGAGAUAAAGAACUACACAACUUAGAUUAUGGAAAACUGAUACAAACUUUACAGCUUGCUAUCUGAUUAAGGAGAAUAUAAUGAAGAUGUUUUAUUGGCACCUCACCCCAGUAAAUUUAUCAAAGACGUACAAAAAACACUCAAAUCUCUGUUGGAGAUGUAAAAUAGAGGUGGGGACAAUGUAAGGUGUGUAAGGUGGUUAAACAGUUCUGGACUGUGGUACAUGAAGAGCUCGAAGAUAUUUAGGAGUUCAAUUUCCAAAAAUCCAGAAGCGUUCCUGCUGGGCUUAAUAUCUAGUGACAUCCCCAAGGAUAAAAGGAAUGUAUUCCUGUAUGCAACAGCAGCAGCCAGAAUAUUAGUGGCAAAAAACUGGAAAACAGACAAAAUACCAGAACUACUAGAAUGGCGAGCUAAAAUUUGUGAAUUUGUGGAGAUGGUAAAGGUAACAGCAUCAAUUAGAGGCUGCCCCAACCAAAAAAAAUUACAAAGAGUGGGAAUGCGUAAAGGUUUACAUGAAAAGAGUUGGUUUCAGAGCUUAAAAUUAAUAGGCAACAGCUUAAAGGGCGCAAGGAUAUAGGAUCAUAUUAUAACAAAUAUAGAACAACAAAUAUAAACAGCUGUUAACGCAACAGUAGGUAAAGAAGGUCGCACAUGGGUGAAGGGAAGCAACGGGUUUAGGGGGAGGGAGGUGAGGGCAUUAAUUGAAAAAUUGUUAAAUACAUAUAUAUUGGAUCUAAGAGAUUAAGAAUAAGGAACCAAAAGAAGGAGACAAAUAUUAAGGAAUAUGAAAAUAAGGGAACCUGAGAAGAAUCAGUAUAAAUGAAAACAUGAGACUCAAGGUUUUGUUAUAUACUGUUUUACUUUAGAUGUGAAGUCUUCUGUUGUAAAGAUUGUCCAUAAAAUGAAUAAAACAUUUUAAAAAUGGGGGGGGGGGGACUACACAACUUGUAGAAGACAUAUGAAGGAAGCCCUGUAUCAGGAGGUUUUCGAUGUUUUUUGUUUUAUUAUGUUUUCAUACAUGCAGGAAGCCGUCCAGAGUGGCUGGAUAUAAAUAUUAUUAUUAUUAUUACUACUAUAACUACUACUACUAGAAAUGUAGAUUGUUAAGGGUGCUCAGAGUGCUUAGCAACAUAGGAAGCUGCCUUUUACCAAGGUUUCAGGAGAGUCCCAGCCCUAAGCAGAGAUGCUGGGGAUUGAACCUGAGACUUUCAGAAAACAAAGCAGAUUCUCUACCACUGAGCUAUAGCCCUUCUCCUGGUUCAACAAUCAAUCCCUUGUCUCAGAGAACUCUGGGAAUUCAAAUUCUGUGGGAUGGGGAAAACAUUCUGCAUCUUUAACAAACUACAGUUCACAGGAUUCUUCUCCCCGCAACCCUCCAGUCAUGAUUGCUUUUAAAGUGAUAUAACAGUGCUUUAAAUCUAUAGUGCAGAUGGGGUCUUUGUGACUUCACACUCUCCAGAUGUUGGACUCCCAGUUCCCCUCAUCUCUGGCUGUUGGCUAUGCUGCCUGGGCCAGAUGUGCCUCAGCUCUUUCACAGAGGCAGAGCUGCAAUUCUGAGUGAUUUAACAGCCAAUCCCUCUUCCCACAUAGCUCUGGAAAUUGUAGCUGCAGGAGGCAGCUCCUGACAGUUCCUGGCACCUUAACAUACUACAGCUCCCAUAAUUAUUUAGGGGAAGCCAUUACAGCUUAAAGUGGUAUCAUGUUUGUUUGUUUUAAGAAAAUGGUGUGAAUGUGGCCAUAGCACAUUAUGAGUGCUAUAAGUGCAGUAAGAAGUAGCAGGUUGUGGGGCUGAAGGAAAUAGUUUUACUACUGAAUGGCUCCUGUUUGAGAUAAUUCAGGAAAUGGGCUUUGAGGCCUGGGCCGAUUGCCAUGACUACUGGGCAAUUUACUUUAAAUAGCAGGAGGAAGCCAGACCAUAAUCUUGGAAUGUGUUGGGUGCUUGAAUUCAUUGCUAAUCAUGCUUGGAGUAGACGCAUUGAAAUUAGUGAACAUGAUUAAUUUAAGCCUGUUAAUUUGAAUGGGUCUACUCUAAGUAAGGGACACAGGUGGCGCUGUGGGUUAAACCACAGAGCCUAGGACUUGCCAAUCAGAAGGUCGGUGGUUCAAAUCCCUACGACGGGGUGAGCUACUGUUGCUCGGUCCCUGCUCCUGCCAACCUAGCAGUUCAAAAGCACGUCAAAGUGCAAGUAGAUAAAUAGGUACCGCUCCGGCGGGAAGGUAAACGGCGUUUCCGUGCGCUGCUCUGGUUUGCCAGAAGUGGCUUAGUCAUGCUGGCCACAAGACCCGGAAGCUGUACGCCGGCUCCCUCGGCUAAUAAAGUGAGAUGAGCGCUGCAACCCCAGAGUCGUCUGCGACUGGACCUAAUGGUCAGGGGUCCCUUUACCUUUACUCUAAGUAUAAUCUAGUGCAGUGCUUCUCAAACUGGGCGGUAUUGCCCCCGGGGGAAGGGAUUACCUAGGGGGCUGCUAAGAGGCAAUGGGAGGGAAAAAUUGGAGGUGUAACUGACUAUCCGACAUUGAAAAGCUGGUGUCACUUAAUCAAGUUCAUCAGCUUUGUUGAAUUAAUUAAACAAAAUAGUUUUAACUGGAUUUUGAAUAAAUGAGUAAUUAAUGGUUACUGUUUUGAACACUGAUGUGGCAGGAGAGGAUGUCAAGUGUGGCUGGAAGAUUGAAGGACAAUCAAGGAAACAUUUAAACAUUUCAGUGUAGUACAGUAUAGAAUCAAAACAAAAUUUUAUAUGCAGAAUGAAUCCCCCCCCAAAAGAGCAUCAAGUGAUGCUGAUAACUUAAUUGCUGUGAAAUGGGAUUUUCAAUUCUGACAAAUAUGAAACAUCAGAAUAGAGUAAGGCUAAUUUGCAUCGAUGAGGAAAUGAGAGUUAUUUUGUCUCAAAUUAGGCCUAAAAGCAAGCUCACACGAGUUUGUAUACUUACUUAAUGUACAUGAUAUGUAAGAGGCUCAUUUGUAAUUAUAUUUUGGGAAUAGAUUCAUGUUUUUAUGUAGUUGCAUUGUUUCAUACUUUCUGCAUAUCCCAUGAUCAUAUUAUAAAGUAGUUGUGCUCUGUGUUAUAAACCAAGCACUGCUAGUUGUCGUUGUUUUUCAAAUGCGUUCCUAUUAAUGAAAAGUUCAGCGUGGCACAAGCAAAUUUUUAUUCUGAAAAUCCCAUUUGCACAUUUUAUGAAUGAGAAAAUGGGAUCUGCUUGGUAGGCUUGAUUUCAGCCAGACUGCAGAACUAGGCCGUUGUGUGUGUGUGUGUGUGUGUGUGUGUGUGUGUGUGUGAUGUUUCUGGUGAAGAAUGCUCCUGAGCAUGCACAGAGUGCGUUUUCUGCCUCACUGAGUAACUGCACCUUACUCUCAGGCUCUUAGAAGAUAUAGAGGCAUGACUUCCAGAUCAAUGGUUUUGAUUUCUCUCUCUCUCUCUCUCUCUCUCUCUCUCUCUCUCUCUCUCUCUCUCAAACACACACACACACACAAAUUCCAACAAUCAUUUAACAUAACUUCUUAUCUUAUACAAUAUUUUAGACUUCUGUCAACAACCUCUGAAGAUUUUCUGUUCUUUAUCACUUGUUCUGCAUUUCUUAUUUCUCCAUUACUUUUAACUAAUACCGGUAAUUCUUUUCAAAGUCUUUCUUGUGAUCCUCCUUACAGAACUCCUUGCAGUCCUACUAGCAUAAUCUGUUUAUCACAAUUGCUUUUCAAAUAAUUCAAAUAUUUACUCCAGUCCUCUAAGAAUCUCUGAUCCCGCAGGUUUCGAAUCCUUCCUGUUAAUAUAUCUAAUUCUGCAUAGUCCAUUAAUUUCAAAUGGUUUUGACUUCUUAACUUCGCACACCUCAAGAAAUAAAAUAUUCUAUAUGUGUGAUUAUGAACACAGCCCUGGCAGAUCAAAAUUAAGACAGAUGAACGUGCCAGUUCAUGCUUGUGUUGCUUUAGGGGUUGGCACAGUUUGGACUUUUCAGCCCUGUGUAAGGAGCUGUUUUGUACCAAGUCCAAAUCAUACCACUGAUCCCAUCUAGCCCAGGACUGGUGGUAGCUUUCCAAAAUAUCAAGCAGAUCAGUGCUUCUGGUUCGCCCCGGACGGAGCAUUGAGAGGAAUGUGUCAAAAUCAACACAUUCAUUGCUCUGCACACUGUGGCCCCCAGAAGGUUGCCUGGGAAGGGAAUGUGGCCCUUGUGUUGAACCAGUAAACUCUGGUUUACUGCAUUUGACCCUGACUCCACGCAGGCCACUUUGAGCAGCAAGACCUGGGGGCUGGUGGAAAGUUGACAGGGAUGAAACAGAAGGGAGAGGAAGUAGGGGGUAUGGAUGUAUAUAGUAGGAAGAAGGAACUGGUGUGACCUGGUGAGGUCAGGAGUCCCCUGGGAGAUUACAGAAAUAUCCUCUCCCCCCCCCUUUCAUUGAUGCUUCCUCCUUAAGAGGAAGGAGCAUGGAGCACAGUGGAGCACAAUCCUUUGUUCCCAGAGGUGCAAUCCCACCCGCCUUCCCGGGUCCUGCAGGUCUGCCCACACAUUAGAGUAAGGAGUGGUCAUUGUUGACCCUAGGAACAUGCCCUGUCCCCCAUGGCAGACAGAGGAUGUGUGGUCCUAUGGGGCAUGCAUGCUACUUUAUGGCCACCUGACAAUACAUCGCUUACAAAUUCAGUGUUCUGGGUUUAGCGAAAACAUUUAAAUCUGGUUGUUGAUUGAGUUCUAAGCUCACCCAUUCAAACACAUGUACAGUGGUACCUCUGGUUAUGUACUUAAUUUGUUCUGGAGGUCCGUUCUUAACCUGAAACUGCUCUUAACCUGAAGCACCACUCUAGCUAAAGGGGCCUCCUCCUGCCGCCGCACCACUGCCGCACGAUUUCUGUUCUCAUCCUGAAGCAAAGUUCUUAACCUGAGGUACUAUUUCUGGGUUAGCGGAGUCUGUAACCUGAAGCGUAUGUAACCCGAGGUACCACUGUAUCUCUAGAUCAGGACUGCGCACAGUGUGUGAUUUCAUGGCAUUAGCCUGAAAUCAGAAUGGUACUUGUUCAGUUUUGCAGGAAUCUCCAACGGUAAAAGAAGGCAAAUUUCUAGUUCUCAAAGCUCUGAAGUCUCUGAUGUGUUUCGUUGUAACGGCUGUUUCACUUAUGCCUUCAUUCGGUGCACCUGAUGAAGUAGGCUGUAGUCCGUGAAAGCUUAUUUAUUUAUUUAAGUUAACUCAGUGUUCAUGCAUACCGCUUGCUAGAGCAAAAGAGCUCUAAGCAGUUUACAAGACGAUCUGAAAUACUCAUUCAAAAUACCAGUAAGAACAAACAUUAAAAACAAGUUGCAUUGAAAUAUAAAAUAGAAGCAGUAAUUUUAAAAUGUUUGUACCUACAAAAAUCACCCGUCAGAAUAACAUGCCUGGAAUAGUAAAAGAUUUUAGCAGGCACUGAAAACAAUUCAGUGAAGGCUGCCCUCCCAUCAGAUGUCAAACAGAUAAACAACUGUUUGACUUUUAGAAGACUUCUGAAGGCAGUCCUAUUCAGUGAAGCAUUUAAUGGUUGAUGUUUUACUGUGUCUUUUAUAUUUUGUUGGGAGCUGCCCAAAGUGGCUGGGGCAACCCAGUCAGAUGGCUGGCAUAUAAAUGGUGUUGUUGUUCUUAAAUAUCAAUGGACGGGGAGUUCCAAAGUGUAGGUGCUGCCACACUUAAGAGAUUGAUUUUUUGCAAGUACAGAAUGGAGAUUAACUGACGCUUGUAAAAGUGCCGGCUCUGCAGAUCUAAGUGAUCAACUAGGCACAGAUGGGUUGAGGCGAUCCUUCCAAGUAAAUUGAUCCCAAGCUGUUGUGGGCAUUAUGUGCCAAUAGUAAUACUUUGAAUUUAACCUGAUAACAAAUCAGCAGCCAUUACAGACCUCUUAUGCUGUAUGCUAGAGUAGCAUAUGCUAUAUAGAGCUUAUGCUAUGAUGAUAUUUAUUAAGGUUCUAUAAGACUUUUUGUUUUCAGUUGAACUUGCUGUUUUCAACUGACAAAGCAUACGUUGGCCAAUUUACUGUUAGACCCGGGAUGGUGAAUCUGUGUCUGAAGCUAUUGGACGCCACCUGCCAUCAGCCAUCAUGGCCAACCAUCAGGGUUGAUAGGAGCUGAAGUCCAACAACAUGUGUGGACAGGCAGCAGGUUUCUCACUCCUGCCUUAAAAAGAUGAUACCAUGCUUUUCAAUUAGGUAUGUUUGAUGGAGAAGUGCCUGUCAUCUUUUAAGUAUGGAUUAAGGAUAUGCAAGGAACCUUGUACAGUGGUACCUUGGGUUAAGUACUUAAUUCGUUCUGGAGGUCCGUACUUAACCUGAAACUGUUCUUAACCUGAAGCACCACUUUAGCUAAUGGGGCCUCCCGCUGCCGCCGCGCUGCCGGAGCAUGAUUUCUGUUCUCAUCCUGAAGCAAAGUUCUUAACCUGAAGCACUAUUUCUGGGUUAGCGGAGUCUGUAACCUGAAGCCUAUGUAACCUGAAGCGUAUGUAACCUGAGGUACCACUGUACUUGGAGAAUGUAAGUCUUGCAUCUGCCUGCUUAAGUACAGUUGCAAGGGAUGAAGUACUAUGAAACACCUGCCAAGUUCUCCUGUAAUUUACCCUGUUCUGCCAGGCACUGACUUGUGCCUGGGGUGUAUCUGUUUCACGUACGUGCAUGUAAUUCGUUAUAUAGUUCACAAUUCAGUGUUCUGAUAUUAUCACCUUUUUCUCUUAUUCCUUCACAAAACAAGAUUCUAGUCCUUGUUGUCGUUGGCUGUUUUGAGACUUGGGAGCGGCAUGACUGAAUGAGUGUUGUUCUUGGUGCAAAUGCAUAUUUAUUUUGUCUCACUGCUGCUGCUAUUUUUCCAAGAGGUUUUUUUGACACACUAUGGAAAUCUGUUUAUCAGAAGUGAUGGCAAGAUGAGGGCAUACUCACCAAACACAACAGUAUCUCUCUCACAUACAAACUGCCUUCAACACUCAGGGCGGAAAAGGAGAAUACCACCUCCAGUCUUAAAAGUAGGUUAAAAAAUUUCCAGGCUGUGCUCUGAAUUGAUCUCGUUGGAUGGCAUAUGGAGAGAUUUUUUAAGUUACAAAUAUCUUUUGAUUCAUUGCAGUACAGUGGUACCUCGGGUUACAUACGCUUCAGGUUACAUACGCUUCAGGUUACAGACUCCACUAACCCAGAAAUAGUGCUUCAGGUUAAGAACUUUGCUUCAGGAUGAGAACAGAAAUCGUGCUCCGGUGGCGCAGCAGCAGCAGCAGCAGCAGGAGGCCCCAUUAGCUAAAGUGGUGCUUCAGGUUAAGAACAGUUUCAGGUUAAGAACGGACCUCUGGAACGAAUUAAGUACUUAACCCGAGGUACUACUGUAAUGUUAGGUAUGUGGCCCAACAAUGAGGAGGGAAGUGUUUGUGAGUGCAUGCUCCUACAAUUAUCCAAGAGAUAAUUGUCUAUACUGUGCCAUCAAGUAUACCUGAGAGAAAUAUGUAAUCCUUUAUAUUAUUUGAAGCAGGGGUGGUAUACUUGUGGUCAUCCAGUUGUUGCCCCAGUCAGCCUGGCCAGUGUACAGAGAUGAUGGGGGUUGUAGCCCCAAAACAUCUUGAGUGCACCAGGAUGAGAAAGCCUGCUUUAAAGCCAGGAAAGUGAAUCUGUGGCCCUCCAGAAGUUGCUAGACUACAACUCCCAUCAUCCCUGACCACUAGCCAUGCUGGUUAGGGCAAAUGGGAACUGGAGUCCAACAACUUCUGGAGUUGGCAAAGGCUUGUUUUUGCAUACAACAUUUUGAGAGGGGGAAUUGGGAGGUUUGGGGGAUGCAUUUUCACUCAGUAACUUUCUGCUUCCUCCCCUCCACCCUUCUCAGGACCUCUGUCAGAAACAUCUGAUGGGAACGAACCUGUGGAAGCACAUGUCUUGAACCUGGUGCACCCCAAGAGAGUUCGGAGUGCUGUGGGGCAUCGGCAGAAUGGCUGGCGGAAGUACCGGCGCCCUCGUCCCCGCCUUUCGCACAAGGGGCCUAUGCCUUUCUAGAGCAGGUAUAGGAACUUCAAAGUUGCCUUAUAUUAAGUCAGACUGUCUAGAUCAGUAUUGUCUUCACUGCCUGUCUGUGGCUCUCCAGCAUUUAGAAUCAUAGAAUCAUAGAAUAAUAGAGUUGGAAGAGACCACAAGGGCCAUCGAGUCCAACCCCCUGCCAAGCAGGAAACACCGUUAGAGCACUCCUGACAUAUGGUUGUCAAGCCUCUGCUUAAAGACCUCCAAAGAAGGAGACUCCACCACACUCCUUGGCAGCAAAUUCCACUGUCGAACAGCUCUUACUGUCAGGAAGUUCUUCCUAAUGUUUAGGUGGAAUCUUCUUUCUUGUAGUUUGGAUCCAUUGCUCCGUGUCCGCUUCUCUGGAGCAGCAGAAAACAACCUUUCUCCCUCCUCUAUGUGACAUCCUUUUAUAUAUUUCAAGCAAAGAGUCUUCCCCAACCCUUUCUGGAGAUGCAGGGACCUUCUGCAUGCCAAGCAGGUGUUCUGCCACUGAGCUUCAGCUCCACCCCUCCCAGAUCAGGGACAAUACAGUGCCAGCAUCCAGAGUGUUGUGGUCCUCUGACAAUGCUUAUGAUAGAAUGGCUUUCAUAUUUUGGUCUCUCCCAAGGCAUGGGAUGGGGAAGAAUAAAAGGGAGUGCAUUCAUCCAUCUGUAGGCCUUAUUCUGAUGGCAGCUGAGGUUAUUGGGGUGGGGGUUGUAAUGGGCUGCUUGCCCAGCGCUCGUCCAAAAAGAGGACUCUAAAAAAAUGCCCAGAUUUUAUUUUGUUGAACAGCAUGUUUAAGAUGCUCUCUAGCCAAGCCUAUCCUUUGUCGAGGAAAAAGCUGCUAGCCAUGAUGGCUGUGACCUGCCUCAGCAGUUGGAGGCAGGAUUGCUUCUGAAAGACCAGUUGUUUGGGUAGCAGAGAAUGCUCUUGUGCUCAGCUCCUGUUUGCAGGUUUCCCACAGGCACCAGACUGGCCACUGUGAGAACAGGAUGCCGGACUAGAUGGGCUCCUCUUACUUUAAAGCAACUUCCAGCUAAAACCCUCACAAUGGGCGAACAAUAAACACCCUAUUAAGAAACAAGCCUGUAAAAACAACAACCACAAAACAAAUAAAACAGCAUUGACUAGACAAUAAACAGUAAAACCCAUCAGGAAAGCUAAGUAUAAAAAGGGAAGUUUUGCAGAGAUGUAUUUGUACAAAUUUAUUUUUAGACCAGAGGCAGCCAGUGUGGGGUUCUCCCGAUGUUGCUGGACUCCAGCUCCCACCAUGCAAAGCCAGCAUGGCCAAUGGUCAGAAGAUAAUGGGAGUUGUAGCCCACAGCAUCUGGAGGACACCAGAUGGGGAAAGUUGAUCUAGACUAGCGCUUCCCAAACUUGGGCCUCCAUCUGUUUUUGGACUACAAUUCCGAUCAUCCAUAGUCUUACUAGCUAGGGAUGAUGAGAGCUGUAGUCCAAAAACAGAUGGAGACCCAAGUUUGGGAAACACUGGUCUAGAGACUGUACAUAGUAGAAGUCAAAUGCCCACAUUGUCUUGCUGUUUAUAAACUAAACGUAUCCUCUCCUCCCCCUCAUAACAGGCAGAAGGGGUUGUUAGACAUGGGUGCCCUGACCCGAAAACCUGUCUCAGCUUUGGAAGGAAGCUGGCUUGGAAAUGCAGGAGUGGGGAACCUCCUAUGGGUCUUCAGGUGUUGCUGAACUACAGCUCCCAUCAUUCCUGGCCAUUGGCCAGGCUUGCUAGGGAUGGUGGGAGUUGUAGUUUAGCAACUUGUGGAGAGCCAACGGUUCUCCACCCUGCAAUUAGUGUAAGAAAAUCAAGUAAGGCUUUGUAUCAGCUCUCUGAUUUAGUGUUCCUUUGUCAUUGUUUGCAGGAUCAAGUCCCGCCCAGAAAAGGCCAGCCUUCAUGCGUCUGCUCUGCUUGAUAAACUAUCCGCUUGCAUGGGGCUUCCACCCAUGGUAGAACGUGACCCCACCGGCCUAGACAACACCGAGUGGAAGGAUGUACGAGUGCAGCGUUGCUGUUGUCCUCUUGCGUUAUCUCUUAGUGUUAUCUCCUACUCAGGCUGGUUUCAGCUGCUUGCACCUCAUCUUCUCUAUCCCUCCUUCUCUUUGCCUUAACUCAGCUACUGUCACCAGAGGCUGAGGCUUAGAGUACCCUUCCGCAACCUGGUGCUUUCUGAAGGCUGCUGGUAGUUGUAGUCCUGGAUGGCACCAGGAUAGGGAAUGGUGUCUUGAAGAAGAUGCUGAGGUUACCCAGGAUGGGAGUGGGGGAGAUGAAGAAACGGGUAACAAUGGGCCUGCAAGGAUCCCUACACCUUGUGUCAUGUCCCUCAUGUUUGGAGGAAUGUGCCAAGGUGUGGCUUGUAGCAAAAGCACUCCUGUCCUCCUAAGUCAGCUGCUGGGCCCCUUCUGCAGCAGAGGACACAGCUGGAGCCAGAAGGCCUUUGGCCUGUGAGAAGCACUUUGUCAGGUGGAGAAUGUGCAUGCGGGUGUCUCAGCCACCCCAUUUUGCAUCUGACCCAUCACUGAGCCCUCUUAAUAUAGGACAGCCACUUCCCCAUUCCCCCUUUGGCGAGGCUCCUGUGCUUUUGACGUAUGCCCAGAAAUGCAGCAAUGCAGCCACUAGAACUUUCCCCCUAGAUGCAGUUCUACCCUAGGGAAAAGCUGCACCAACUGAAUUUCUGCCUGCCCUACAGUUCUUAGGUAUAAGAGCCCUGCCCAGGGUGAGAAUGGCAACCCUUUUCUAUGCCAGAUUACAAGCCUAGACCUUUCUUGGUACCCGGAGCAGAUGGUACUCAGCUGACCUCCCGUCAGUUGUGUCGCUGCUUCUCACUGGGAGGUGAAGGGGCAAAUGGUGUGGUUGGUGCCAUGCAAUGUAUAAGCUGAGCCAAUCCAGUGCUCCUGCUGGUGCGUUUACACCACACCAACCUCCCCUCUACCUCCUUGUAGGCAGUAGAUGGGACUUCCUUGAUGGGAGGUCAGGGGAGUGUUGCCAUCCCACCAAUCCAUCUGCUACCACUUGGUGCCGCAGUUGGACAUACUCUGACACAUGCAUCCUGUAACUGUAAGUAAGGACUGAUUUGGAAAACCUCUGCCAAAACCUGUCCUUUGGCCUUUUCCAAAAGCAAGUUUUGACCAAUUUGGGCAGGUUUGUUACAAUUUGUACUCCCCACUGCUUGACAUGGUCUCCAACACAUGGAGCCAGGACACAGGAUAUCUGGCCAACCCACUUGGCAACUUGACCUUUUCAAGGCAGCAGCUGCUGUAACAGGUUAUGUGGGUACAGCAACCACUUUAUUUGACCAGAGGAUGAGAGGCAGACCAGAAGUAGUGACCUAGUGGGAGCCAGCUAAGCAAAGUGGCCAUGAGCUAUAAGUCAGAAAGAAUUGGUUCAGACUUUAAACCUCAAUCAUAAACUUACUGGGUGACCUUAGGCUGAGAGAACAGGGGUAUGCAUAUCUGCAAGCCAGGGUUAUUAACAUGGGCCUACCUUAUAGGGGUGUUGUAUGGAUGAAUGAGGCAAAUAUCUACAUAAACACUUUGAACACCUAUGUAAGUGCCAAGUGUUGUGGUUAUGGGCUGAUUUGGUUGACCAGAGGCAUUUGGAGUUCUUUAAUUCACUUUUGCUUGUGGCUUUGGCACAUAUUAAGCAUUUAAGGUGUGUGUGCAUGGAUUGGGUGAGGUGGGUGUACCUGCUGUCUGUUUUGCACUGGGAGGGCGGUUUGGGCCAAGGGGUCUUGCUGUGAGGAAAUGGCAUGUGUUGGCGGUGAGCAGGAGCCUGACCUGGAAGCUCACAUCUGUAUAACCUUUUUCAGGUGGCUGUUGACUUUCUUUGUACAAAACACUAAUUUAUACCAGCUGAGGACAUCUUAUUGUGUCAGAUCUUUGUUGGUAACUGGGUUUUCUGUGUGUGUGUGUGUGUAAAGAUUUGUUCUAUGUAAAUAUAGCUUUAUAAUAAAGAAAUAUGAAAACAAUAAACCCUUAUUAUUAUA